UUCAGUUCGUUUUCAGCGCGCGUGCGGUGCGGUUCUCUGCCAAGUGGGCUUCUCUUCCCUGUGUGUCAAGUGUGUGAAGUCUGGAUAAUCUAACAGCGGAGAUCAUUGCCUUAUUUGAAUGGGGCGGGCUCAUCCUAACGGCCAUCGUCUAAUUGUUGCAGUGAAAGUUGCCGGGCAUUUUUCAGCAAUUUUACCCCGUGAAAAUUCCGAAAAACCAAACGCGCGCAAAGCAAUCAAAAGUGUUCAAAAGAAAAGCGUUCAAUAUUGUUAAGCACAACAAUACGUUUCAAAAAUAUCUAUAAAAAAUAUUCCAGUGUCUGUGAGUCGUCGUCGCUGCGCAGAGCCAGUGUGUGUGUGUGUCUUUCUGCGCUUUUGACGGCAAAUCGCUUUUGGCAGCUGCUUUGGCAGCAGCCGAGUAAGAAACAAGGCUUUUUCGCUGGCGUCGCUCUUCGUUGGCAGCUGUUGGCAGUAUGAACUGAUUUUGGCCGAAAGUUGAUGAAUAAAAUGCAAAAAUGAAAAUAUUUUUGCCACUAGUCACGUGGAUAGUGCUACUACUCUCGAGUGCAGUACAUUCACAAUAUUCACAACAACCGCAACCAUUCAAGACGAACUUGAGGGCGAAUAGUCGGUUUCGCGGCGAGGUCUUCUACCUGAACCUCGAGAAUGGCUACUUUGGCUGCCAAGUCAACGAGUCCACCGAAUAUCUGCAGCUAUUCAACCUAUCGAAACUAUGCGACGGCACCCAAGACUGUUUCCUGGGUGCCGAUGAGUUGAGCAAAGAGCUCAAAUGCACAAAUGACUGUGAUAAGGAUGGCACCCAGUGCACACAUGGCGCGUGUUUGAACGGCGUCUGCCAUUGCAAUGACGGCUACGGCGGUUGCAAUUGCGUGGACAAAGAUGAGAACGAAUGCAAACAGCGGCCGUGCGACGUGUUCGCCCAUUGCACAAACACACUGGGCAGCUUCACGUGUACCUGCUUUCCGGGCUAUCGCGGCAAUGGCUUCCACUGUGAAGACAUUGACGAAUGCCAAGAUCCCGCGAUAGCAGCGCGCUGCGUGGAGAACGCCGAGUGCUGCAACCUGCCGGCGCACUUCCUUUGCAAGUGCAAGGACGGCUACGAGGGCGACGGCGAGGUCCUCUGCACGGAUGUGGACGAGUGCCGCAAUCCGGAGAACUGCGGCCCCAACGCCCUGUGCACCAACACGCCAGGCAACUACACAUGCUCCUGCCCGGAGGGCUAUGUGGGCAGCAAUCCGUAUCGGGAGGGCUGCCAGGAUGUGGACGAGUGCUCGUACCCGAAUGUCUGUGGACCCGGUGCCAUAUGUACGAAUCUCGAGGGCAGUUAUCGCUGCGACUGCCCGCCGGGAUACGACGGCGAUGGACGCUCGGAGUCCGGCUGCGUGGACCAGGACGAGUGCGCCCGGACGCCCUGCGGCCGGAAUGCGGACUGUGUGAACACGGACGGCAGCUUCCGCUGCCUGUGUCCGGAUGGAUACAGCGGUGACCCAAUGCACGGCUGCGAGGAUGUCGAUGAAUGCGCCACUAACAAUCCAUGCGGUUUGGGUGCUCAAUGCGUGAACAUGGGCGGUAGCUUCCAGUGCCGCUGUCCCGCCGGCUUUGUGCUGGAGCACGAUCCGCACGCGGAUUUGGUGCCCCAGCAGAGCCCCCAACAAUUGGGCUACGGGCCGGGGGCGACCGAUGUGGUGCCCUACCAGAGGACCUCGGGCGCCGGUCUGGCCUGCCUGGACAUCGACGAGUGCAACCAGCCGGACGGGGUGGCCAAGUGCGGCACCAAUGCCAAGUGCAUUAACUUCCCCGGCUCGUACCGCUGCCUGUGUCCAAGCGGAUUCCAAGGACAGGGCUAUUUGCACUGCGAGAACAUCAACGAGUGUCAGGAUAAUCCGUGUGGGGAGAACGCGAUCUGCACGGACACCGUAGGCAGUUUCGUGUGCACCUGCAAGCCGGACUACACCGGUGAUCCGUUCCGCGGAUGUGUGGAUAUCGACGAAUGCACCGCCCUGGACAAGCCGUGUGGACAGCAUGCGGUGUGCGAGAACACCGUGCCCGGCUACAAUUGCAAGUGCCCGCAGGGAUACGACGGGAAACCCGAUCCCAAGGUGGCCUGCGAGCAGGUGGAUGUGAACAUCCUGUGCAGCAGAAACUUCGAUUGCACCAACAACGCGGAGUGCAUUGAGAACCAGUGCUUCUGCCUCGACGGCUUCGAGCCCAUUGGCUCCAGUUGUGUGGACAUCGAUGAGUGUCGCACCCACGUGGAGGUCUGUGGUCCCCAUGCCCAGUGCCUGAACACCCCCGGAUCCUAUGGCUGCGAAUGCGAGGCGGGAUAUGUGGGCAGUCCGCCCAGGAUGGCCUGCAAGCAGCCCUGUGAGGAUGUCCGAUGUGGAGCCCAUGCCUACUGCAAACCGGAUCAGAAUGAAGCCUACUGUGUGUGCGAGGAUGGAUGGACGUACAACCCGAGCGACGUCUCGGCGGGAUGUGUGGACAUCGAUGAGUGCGAUGUGAUGCAUGGACCCUUCGGAAGUUGUGGUCAGAAUGCCACGUGCUCGAACAACGCGGGAGGAUUUACGUGUUCCUGCCCACCGGGUUUCUCGGGAGAUCCGCACUCCAAGUGCGUGGAUGUGGACGAGUGCCGCACGGGAGCAAGCAAAUGUGGCGCUGGGGCUGAGUGCGUGAAUGUACCAGGAGGUGGUUACACCUGUCGCUGCCCCGAGAACACCAUCGCCGAUCCCGAUCCCAGUGUGAGGUGUGUGCCCAUUGUGAGCUGCUCCUCCAAUGACGAUUGUCCUGGCAACUCCAUCUGUGAUGACACCAAACGUUGCCUGUGCCCGGAACCGAAUAUUGGUAAUGACUGCCGUCACCCCUGUGAAGCCCUCAAUUGUGGAGCACAUGCCCAGUGCAUGCUGGCCAAUGGACAGGCCCAGUGCCUGUGUGCUCCGGGAUACACUGGAAACGCUGCUCUCCCAGGAGGAUGCAAUGACAUCGAUGAGUGUCGGGCUAAUCCUUGCGCGGAGAAGGCCAUCUGCUCAAAUACUGCUGGAGGAUAUUUGUGCCAGUGUCCCGGAGGAUCCAAUGGAGAUCCGUAUCGCGAGGGAUGCAUUACCUCCAAGAUGGAGGGUUGCUCCGACGCCAAUCCCUGUGCGACCGGUGAGACCUGCGUCCAGGACUCGUACACCGGCAACGGUGUGUGCAUCUGUCGACAGGGUUACGAACGGAAUCCGGAGAACGGUCAGUGCCAGGAUGUGGACGAGUGUUCGGUGCAGAGAGGAAAGCCCACCUGUGGACUGAAUGCUCUGUGUAAGAAUCUGCCAGGAAGCUAUGAGUGCCGCUGCCCACAGGGUCACAACGGAAAUCCCUUCAUCAUGUGCGAGAUCUGCAAUACCCCUGAGUGCCAGUGUCAAUCUCCUUACAAGCUGGUUGGCAACAGUUGUGUCCUGUCGGGAUGCUCCACGAGUGGACAAGCAUGUCCCAGUGGCGCUGAGUGCAUCUCCAUUGCCGGUGGCGUUAGCUACUGUGCCUGUCCCAAGGGCUACCAAACCCAACCGGAUGGCAGCUGUGCCGAUAUCAACGAGUGCGAGGAACGUGGCAACCAGCUGUGCGCCUUUGGAGCUCAGUGCGUAAAUACACCAGGAAGCUAUAGUUGCCACUGCCCCGAAGGAUACCAAGGAGAUGCCUACAAUGGCUUGUGUGCUAUGGCACAGAGGAAAUGCGCUGCCGACAAGGAGUGCGCCACUAAUGAGAAGUGCAUUCAGCCGGGAGAGUGUGUUUGCCCACCACCUUACUUCCUGGAUCCCCAGGACAACAACAAGUGCAAGAGCCCCUGCGAACGAUUCCCAUGCGGCAUCAAUGCCAAGUGCACGCCCUCGGAUCCACCGCAAUGUAUGUGCGAGGCUGGAUUCAAGGGAGAUCCGCUGCUGGGCUGCACGGACGAGGACGAGUGCGCCCAUCUGCCAUGCGCCUAUGGAGCCUACUGUGUGAACAAGAAGGGUGGCUACCAGUGCGUCUGCCCGAAGGACUACACCGGAGAUCCGUACAAGAGUGGCUGCAUCUUUGAGAGCGGCACCAUAAAGACAGUUUGCCUGAGCAACGACGAUUGCGCCAGUAAUCUGGCCUGCCUGGACGGAAGCUGCGUGAGUCCAUGCAGCAGUCUUCUAUGUGGGUCCAAUGCCUAUUGCGAGACGGAGCAGCAUGCCGGCUGGUGUCGCUGCCGAGUUGGAUUCGUGAAGAACGGCGACGGAGACUGUGUCUCCCAGUGCCAGGAUGUGAUCUGUGGCGAAGGAGCACUCUGCAUUCCCACGAGCGAGGGACCCACCUGCAAGUGUCCACAAGGACAGCUGGGUAAUCCCUUCCCCGGCGGCAGCUGCAGCACGGAUCAGUGCUCGGCCGCCAGACCCUGUGGCGAGCGACAGAUCUGCAUCAAUGGAAGGUGCAAGGAGCGCUGCGAGGGCGUGGUCUGCGGUAUUGGAGCCACCUGCGAUAGGAACAAUGGAAAGUGCGUCUGCGAACCGAACUUUGUGGGCAAUCCCGACCUAAUAUGUAUGCCUCCCAUCGAGCAGGCCAAGUGCUCGCCGGAAUGUGGAGAGAACGCUCACUGCGAGUAUGGAUUGGGUCAGAGCAGGUGCGCCUGCAAUCCCGGAACCUUUGGUAAUCCCUACGAGGGCUGUGGAGCGCAGAGCAAGAACGUCUGCCAGCCGAACAGUUGUGGACCCAAUGCCGAGUGCCGUGCUGUGGGCAACCACAUCACCUGUCUGUGCCCACAGGGCUUCAGUGGUAAUCCCUACAUUGGCUGCCAGGAUGUGGACGAGUGUGCCAAUAAGCCAUGUGGCCUCAAUGCAGCCUGUCUGAAUAGAGCCGGAGGAUUCGAGUGCCUGUGUCUCUCGGGACAUGCUGGAAAUCCCUACAGCAGCUGUCAGCCCAUCGAGAGCAAGUUCUGCCAGGAUGCCAACAAGUGCCAGUGCAACGAGCGAGUCGAGUGUCCCGAUGGCUACAGUUGUCAGAAAGGCCAGUGCAAGAACCUCUGCUCACAGGCUUCGUGUGGCCCCAGGGCCAUCUGCGAUGCCGGAAAGUGCAUAUGUCCCAUGGGAUACGUUGGAGAUCCACAUGAUCAGGUCAAUGGAUGCAGUGUUCGUGGUCAGUGUGGCAAUGAUGCUGACUGCCUGCACUCGGAGAUCUGCUUCCAGCUGGGCAAGGGUCUGCGCAAGUGCGUUGACGCCUGCUCCAAGAUUCAGUGUGGACCCAAUGCCCUCUGCGUGGCCGAGGAUCAUCGUUCCUCCUGCAUCUGCUCCGAUGGUUACUUUGGCAACCCAAGUAACCUGCAGGUGGGAUGCCAGCCGGAGAGAACGCUGCCCAAGGAGGCGGAUAAAUGUAAAUCGGAUCGGGACUGUGAACGGGGAUAUGGCUGCCAGGCCAGCGUUCAUGGUACCCGGGAGUGCGUUGACCUUUGCUCCAAUGUCGUCUGCGGACCCAACGAGCUGUGCAAGAUUAACCCAGCUGGACAUGCGAUUUGCAACUGUGCCGAGAGCUAUGUCUGGAACCCGGUGGUCUCCUCCUGCGAGAAGCCCUCGCUGCCGGACUGCACCAGUGACGCCAAUUGUCCCGAUGCAUCCGCCUGUCGCCCAGAUGUCCUGGGUGUGCUCAAGUGCGUGGCCAUCUGCGAUGCCUUCACCUGUCCUGCGAACUCCGUUUGCGUGGCUCGCCAGCACCAGGGACGCUGUGAUUGCCUCAAUGGUUUUGUGGGCAAUCCCAACGACCGGAAUGGCUGCCAGCCGGCCCAGAAACACCACUGCAAAAACAAUGCCGAGUGCCAGGAGUCGGAGGCCUGCAUCAAGGAUGAGGCCACUCAAACACUCGGCUGUCGACCAGCCUGCGAUACGGUCAAGUGUGGACCCCGUGCCGUUUGUGUCACCAACAACCAUCAGGCGCAGUGCCAGUGCCCACCUGGUCCAUUUGCCGGCGAUCCAUAUGAUCCCUUCAAUGGCUGCCAGAGUGUUUCUUGUGUCUACAACCAUGACUGUCCUCCGAGCCAGAUGUGCAACCGGAUGACCCACACCUGUUUCGAUGUGUGCGACGAGGAGUCCUGUGGUGAGAAUGCCAUUUGUUUAGCCGAGGAUCAUCGUGCCGUGUGUCAGUGCCCACCAGGAUUCAAGGGAGAUCCACUCCCGGAGGUGGCCUGCACCAAGCAGGGCGGUUGUGCCGCUGGAACCUGCCAUCCCUCGGCCAUUUGUGAAGUGACCCCGGAGGGUCCGGUCUGCAAGUGUCCGCCACUCUUCGUUGGCGACCCCAAGUCGGGUGGCUGCCGGCCAGAUGGUCAGUGCCCGAAUGGAGACGCCGACUGCCCGGCCAACACUAUCUGCGCGGGAGGAAGAUGCCAGAAUCCCUGCGACAAUGCCUGUGGCUCGAACGCCGAGUGCAAGGUGGUCAACAGGAAACCCGUCUGCAGUUGCCCCCUGCGAUUCCAGCCUGUUUCCGAUACGGCCAAGGAUGGAUGUGCCCGAACCAUAUCCAAUUGUCUCACGGAUGUCGACUGCGGAGGAGCAUUGUGCUACAAUGGACAGUGCCGCAUUGCCUGCAGGAACAGCCAGGAUUGCUCCGAUGGCGAGAGUUGCCUGAAGAACGUUUGUGUGGUGGCCUGCCUGGAUCACAGCCAGUGCUCCACGGGAUUGGCCUGCGUGGAGGGUCACUGCACCAUCGGCUGUCGCAGCAACAAGGAGUGCAAGCAGGAUCAGUCCUGCAUUGAGAACAAGUGCCUGAAUCCCUGCCAGUCGGCCAGUAGCUGUGGUCCCAAUGCCCUGUGCAGCAUUGCCCAGCACCGGAGCCAGUGCAGCUGCCCGGAGGGAUUCGAGGGUAAUCCCACUCCGGAGCAGGGUUGCGUGCGUGUGCCUGCUCCCUGCUUGGCCAGCAAUCAGUGCCCCAGUGGUCACAUGUGUAUUGGCAACCAGUGCAAUCUGCCCUGCACCAAGACCUCCGCCUGUGCGGUUGGAGAACGUUGCUACCAACAGGUGUGCCGCAAGGUGUGCUACACCAGCAACAACUGCUUGGCCGGAGAGAUCUGCAACUCGGACAGGACGUGCCAGCCGGGCUGCGACUCCGAUGCCGAUUGUCCACCCACCGAGCUCUGCCUCACCGGAAAGUGUAAGUGCGCCACCGGAUUUAUUGGAACUCCCUUCGGCUGCUCCGAUAUUGAUGAGUGCACGGAACAGCCCUGCCAUGCCAGUGCCCGAUGCGAGAAUCUUCCGGGAACCUACCGAUGCGUAUGCCCCGAGGGAACUGUCGGCGAUGGAUACUCCCAACAGGGUUGCGCGCAGCCCAGGCAAUGCCAUAAACCAGACGAUUGUGCCAAUAACCUGGCCUGUAUUCAAGGAAAGUGCACUGAUCCUUGUCUGCACACCGUUUGCGGAUUAAACGCCCACUGCCAAUCGGAGGGACAUGAAGCGCUAUGCAGCUGUCCAGCUGGAUUUUUGGGUGACCCCAACGACACCGGAGUGGGUUGCUUCAAGGUGGAGUGCAUUGACCACGUGGACUGUGCGGCAGAUCGUGCCUGCGAUGCGGAAACCAAUCGCUGCAUUAAACCCUGCGACCUGACCAGUUGCGGAAAGGGCAAUUGCCAGGUGGAGGAUCACAAGGCUGUGUGUGCCUGCUACGAAGGCUAUCAGUUGGUCAACGGAGUGUGCGAGGAUGUCAACGAGUGCCUGUCGCAACCAUGCCACAGCACCGCCUUCUGCAACAAUCUGCCGGGAAGCUACAAUUGUCAGUGCCCGGAGGGUUUGAUUGGAGAUCCCCUCCAGGCCGGUUGCCGGGAUCCCAAUGAGUGCCUGAGUGAUGCGGAUUGUCCCGCCUCAGCCAGCUGCCAGAACUCCCGAUGCCGUAGUCCUUGCGAAAGGCAGAAUGCCUGUGGAUUGAAUGCCAAUUGCCAGGCGCAGGCCCAUCAGGCCAUUUGCACUUGCCCCCUGAACUCUCGCGGAGAUCCCGCCGUAGAGUGUGUACACAUCGAGUGCUCAGACAACGACGACUGCUCCGGAGAGAAGGCCUGCCUGGACGCGAAGUGCAUCGAUCCCUGUUCCCUGCCCAAUGCCUGUGGAGCUCAGGCUCGUUGCUCGGUGCAGAACCACAUUGGUGUGUGCUCCUGCGAGGCAGGAAGCACCGGAGACGCCAAGUUGGGAUGCGUACAGCUGCAGUACUGCCAGCAGGAUGGACAGUGUGCCCAGGGAAGCAUCUGCUCCCAUGGCAUCUGCAGUCCCCUGUGCAGCACGAAUCGCGAUUGCAUUUCGGAACAGUUGUGUCUGCAGGGCGUCUGCCAAGGAACCUGCAAAUCGAACUCCACCUGCCCUCAGUUCCAGUUCUGCUCGAACAACAUUUGCACCAAGGAGCUGGAGUGCCGAUCGGAUGACGAGUGUGGCGAGGAUGAGACCUGUCUUAGUGAUGCCUAUGGUCGGGCCAAGUGUGAGUCCGUGUGCCUGGGACGGGCUGCCUGUGGCCGGAAUGCCGAGUGUGUGGCCCGUUCCCAUGCGCCCGACUGCCUCUGCAAGGAGGGAUUCUUCGGGGACGCCAAGUCCGGAUGCCGCAAGAUCGAGUGCAGCAGCGAUGAUGACUGCUCGAAUGACAAGAGCUGUGACAACCACAUGUGCAAGAUCGCCUGCCUCAUUGGACAACCGUGUGGAGAGAAUGCCCUCUGCACCACCGAGCACCACAAGCAAGUGUGCCACUGCCAACCAGGAUUCUCCGGUGAUCCGCGCGUGCGUUGCGAUGUCAUCGACUUUUGCCGCGAUGCUCCGUGCGGACCCGGAGCCCGUUGCCGGAACGCGAGGGGGUCGUACAAGUGCACCUGUCCCCCGGGACUCGUUGGUGAUCCGUACAACGAGGGCUGUCGCAGCUCCGUCGAGUGCGAGACCAACGAGGACUGUCCCCCGCACGCUGCAUGCACCACAACCAAUGGGGUGGCCAAGUGCCGCGAUGUCUGUGCCCAGCUGCAGUGUGGUCCCAAUGCGGAAUGUGUUCCGAAGGGCCAUGUGGCGCAGUGUGCAUGCCGCAGCGGCUACGAUGGCCAACCCGCCGACCGGGUGGCCGGCUGUAAGCCGCUGCCCGUUCCCUGUCAGGUCACCGGCGACUGUCCGACCAACACUUACUGCUCGGAUAGCGUCUGCAAACCUGCCUGUGUUCUGGACACCGAGUGUGGAGCAUCCGAGGUGUGCCAGGGUGGCCAAUGCUUCAAUCCCUGCCUGCAACCGCAGGCUUGUGGACAGAACGCCGAGUGCGUGAUACAGAAUCACCUGAAACAGUGCCAUUGCCCGGAGGGCUUCACCGGUGACUCAGCCAAGGAGUGCGUGCGUGUGCCGGUGGCCUGCGAUGUGGACUGUGCUCCUGGAUACACCUGCCGUGACUCCAUGUGCCUGCCUGUGUGCCACAACGAUCUGGAGUGCGCCUCCAAUGAGAAGUGCCUCAAGGGCAACUGUAUGCUGACCUGCCGAGUGGACAACGAUUGCUUCCUUGGUCAUGUUUGCCUGCACAACAAGUGCGUGUAUGGCUGCCAUGUGGACGACGACUGCAGUGCCUCCGAGUCCUGCCGCAAUGAUAAGUGCGUGAACCCGUGCGUGGAGAAUCCCUGUGGUCCCAAUGCCGCCUGUUCGGUGUCCAACCACCGGGCCAGCUGCAGCUGCCUGGAGAGCAUGGUGCCCAAUCCCACGCCCCAGGUGGGCUGCGUCCGUUCGCCCCCCUUGGAAUGCCGCGAGAAUCGCGACUGUGGCAAUGGAUUGGCCUGCUUCGAGUCGGUCUGCCGACCCCUGUGCGCCGAUGAUGCCGGCUGUUUGACCAACGAACGCUGCCAGCAGGGAGUUUGCAAGCCCCUCUGCCGCCACGACAACGAGUGCGGUCAUGGUGAGCUCUGCCUGGGUCUGAACUGUGUGCCUGGCUGCCGCUCCGACCAGGGCUGCCCCCAGGACUUGUCCUGCGUGGGCCAGCAGUGCGUGGAUCCCUGUGCCGAUCCCACAGCCUGCGGCACCAACGCCCAAUGCCAGACGAUCGAUCACAGGAAGCAGUGCUCUUGCCCGGAGGGUCUGGAUGGCAAUGCCAAUGUGGCCUGCAAGGUGCCACGCAUUGCUUGUGGCAGGAAUGAGGAUUGCCAGUCGAAUCAGCUCUGCUACGCGGGAAGCUGCCAAGGAAAGUGCAGGAACGAUCAGAACUGCCUGGCGGAUGAGCGUUGCAUGAGGGGCACCUGCAGGACCGUCUGCAACACGGAUGAGGCCUGUGCCCAGGGCCAGAUUUGCGAGAACCGCAUGUGCCAGACCGGAUGUCGUACGGAUUUGAGCUGUGCCAGCGACGAGGCCUGCGUGAACAAAAAGUGCCAGAACCCCUGUCGCACCCCGGGUCAGUGUGGCCAGUGUGCCGACUGUCUGGUGGUCAACCACGGAGUCCAAUGCCAGUGCCCCGCCUCCUUCAUGGGCGACGGCCUGACUGGAUGCCAACUGCCGCCGGAGCGCUGCCACCCUGGCUGCGAGUGCGAUGAGAACGGAGCCUACUGCGCCGCCAAGUGCUCGAGGAGCGAGGACUGCGCCUGCGGACAGCAGUGUGCCCGAGGCAAAUGCCGGAACAAGUGCGGACCCAAGCGUCAGUGUACGGUGGGUCAGCUGUGCGAGCGAGGAGCUUGCAUUGCCGGAUGCAAGUCGAACGGAGAUUGUGCCGCCGACCAGAGCUGUGUCAACGGAAAGUGCGCGGAUCCGUGUGCCAAUGAUAAGGCCUGCGGAAGGAAUGCCCUCUGCACGGUGUCCGAACACCGAAUGCUCUGCUAUUGCCCCGAUGGCUACGAGGGCGAGCCCAGCAAGGAGUGCGUGCAGUUCGAGUGCCGUGUGGACACCGAUUGUGACAGCAACAAGCGCUGUGACCAAGAAAAGUGCCGUAAUCCCUGCCUGGAGUAUGGAGCUUGCGGCACCAAUGCCCAGUGUCGGGUGGUGGGUCGCAAGGCCCAGUGCUCCUGCCCACCGGACUUCUUUGGCAAUCCCCUAAGCGAGUGCCGACCCCUGGAAGGAGGCUGCUCGAGCAAACCCUGUGGUGAGAACUCCAAGUGCACUGAGGUGCCUGGAGGCUAUGAGUGCGCCUGCAUGGAUGGCUGCAUCGGAGACGCCCACCAGGGCUGUCUCUGCGGUGGACCGCUGGUGAAUGCCUGUCAGGAUCAGCCUUGUGGCUUGAACGCCGCCUGCCGUGUGCUGGACAAUAAUCAAGCCGAGUGCUACUGCCCGGAGGACUUCCCCAAUGGAGAUGCCUACGUGCAAUGUUACUUGACCCCGCCAAAGCAGGACUGUCGCACCCAAGGAUGCGAAGUGGGUGACUGUGUGCGCCAGGGCUAUGAUUAUGUCUGCCAGCAGGACACCGAACAAUGCUACUCAGAUACGGAUUGUCCCAGUGAAAAGUCAUGCCUCCAAGGACACUGCAGCGAUCCUUGUACAAUGCGUGGCGUGUGUGGUUCGAAUGCGCUCUGCAAAACCGUACUGCAUCGUCCGCGCUGCUCCUGCCCCAGCUGCCACAUUGGCCGGCCGGAGGUCGAGUGCAAGCCCGAUGCCAAGUGCAUGUCGGAGGAUACGGAUGCCAAGACCAAGGAGCAGAUCCCAUGCUCCAGGGACACCGAGUGUCCGGAGACGUUGCAGUGCGGCCAGUACGGCCAGUGCACAGAUCCGUGCAACAAUCCGCUCUUCAUCUGCGAGAGCAACAAGAAGUGCGAGACGCGACGCCAUCAGCCGGUGUGCAUCUGCAAGUCUGGCUUCAUAGUGAACGAGUACGGGGAACUGACGUGUGCCCCGGAUAAGCGGGAGUGCUACCGCGAUGAUGACUGUGCCUCGAACAUGGCCUGCACCGAUGGCAAGUGCCGCAAUCCGUGCAUCGUGCCCCUGGGCAGAGCCGCCAUCUGUGCGGAGAACAAGUCCUGCGAGGUGCAGAACCACAAGCCCGUGUGCAUUUGCAUGCGCGACUGCCAGCCAUCGAUAUCGAUUUGCCUGCGCGACGCCGGAUGUCCGGCGAGCCAGGCCUGCCGGAAGCUCAAGUGCGUCGAUCCGUGCGAGUUUGCCUCGUGCGCACCCAACUCGCCAUGCAUUGUCGAGGAUCACAAGCCGAUAUGUAAAUUCUGCCCAGCUGGAUUUAUAGCCGAUGCCAAGAAUGGAUGUCAAAAAGCUAAGCCAGGUGGCAACUGUACCUCAAACGAAGAUUGCAGUGAAGCACAACAAUGUGGAUCGUCGGGACAAUGUAUCGAUUCUUGUCACACAUUCUGUUCGGGCGCAGUAAAGUGUGUUGCAUCGCGCCAUAGGGUUUCCAUAUGCAUUUGCCCAAGCACCUUGACAAAUACGACGGACACGGACUGCAUUCCGACAGAAAGGACUGUCGAAACUACAACCCAUCAAACUCAAACCACGACGGACUCGAUCAGCGUUAAGUACACUAUAAUGCAAUUGGCAAACCAAACUGAAAUGAGAACACGCUUUACCGAUAUUGAAGCCGAAAACGAAACCACUAUUUCUUACACAAGUACAACCGAAUCUUACAAGACGACAAAACAACUGUCGAUUGACGCUACUUUGACUAAACCAGAAAAUGACACUUUAAACCAAACUACUCUUAGUCCAUCGUCACUAACAUCUACGGUAACAGAUCAGACGACCCAAUAUCCUAGCCAAGUGACUACCGCAAAGGUCAUUGAAGAAGAUUCUCCUCCAGUAGGGACAAAGGAUAGGAGUAUGCCUUCCGAAAGUCCAGAAACAGCCACGACUUUCCCUCCUGGAACAACACCAGGUCAUAUGACUAAACAAACGACCGAAUCUACUGGGGAAGUACCAACCAGUUCUUACGAGAGCUCAACUCUUAGUCCAGGAUCUUUAGGAACCAGUGUCCCAUCAAUCACGGCCCAACCCACCACAAAUAUCCCUAUUGGUACAACGCACGGGCAAGUAACAGAACAGGCGACCCAAUAUCCCAGCGAAGUGACUACCGCAAGGGUCAUUGGAGAAACCACUCUUCCUGAAGGGAUGACAGAUAGAAGUAUUCCUUCCGAAAGUCCAGAAGCACGCACUACUUUCUCUCCUAACACAACACCGGGUCAUAUGACUAAACAAACGACCGAAUCUACUGGGGAAGUACCAACCAGUUCUUACGAGAGCUCAACUCUUAGUCCAGGAUCUUUAGGAACCAGUGUCCCAUCAAUCACGGCCCAACCCACCACAAAUAUCCCUAUUGGUACAACGCACGGGCAAGUAACAGAACAGGCGACCCAAUAUCCCAGCGAAGUGACUACCGCAAGGGACAUUGGAGAAACUGCUCUUCCUGAAGGGUCAACGGAUAGAAGUACUCCUUCCGAAAGUCCAGAAACACCCACUACUUUCUCUACUACUCUUCCUGAAGGGUCGACCGAUAGAAGUAUUCCUCCCGAAAGUCCAAAAACACCCACUACUUUCUCCCCUGACACAACACCAGGUCAUAAGACUAAACAAACGACCGAAUCUACUGGGGAAGUACCAACCAGUUCUUACGAGAGCUCUACUCUUAGUCCAGGAUCGUUAGGAACCAGUGUCCCAUCAAUCACGGCCCAACCCACAACAAAUAUCCCUAUUGGUACAACGCACGGGCAAGUAGCAGAACAGACGACCCAAUAUCCCAGCGAAGUGACUACCGCAAGGGUCAUUGGAGAAACUGCUCUUCCUGAAGGGUCAACGGAUAAAAGUACUCCUUCCGAAAGUCCAGAAACACCCACUACUUUCUCUACUACUCUUCCUGAAGGGUCGACCGAUAGAAGUAUUCCUCCCGAAAGUCCAAAAACACCCACUACUUUCUCUCCUAACACAACACCGGGUCAUAUGACUAAACAAACGACCGAAUCUACUGGGGAAGUACCAACCAGUUCUUACGAGAGCUCUACUCUUAGUCCAGGAUCGUUAGGAACCAGUGUCCCAUCAAUCACGGCCCAACCCACAACAAAUAUCCCUAUUGGUACAACGCACGGGCAAGUAGCAGAACAGACGACCCAAUAUCCCAGCGAAGUGACUACCGCAAGGGUCAUUGGAGAAACUACUCUUCCUGAAGGGUCAACGGAUAGAAGUAUUUCUUCCAAAAGUCCCGAAACCCCAACGACAACGACUGAAUUCGUAAGAAGCUGUAGAACAGAACAUGACUGCUUGGACGAACAGACUUGCUUAGGAGGGUUGUGCAUAUCGCCCUGUGAAUACUUUUCCAACCUGUGCACCGUGCAGAAUCUGACUACUUGUCGUACUUUAAACCACACCACAAUGUGCAUCUGCGAUACGGCCGAUGAUGUAAAUAGACCCGAUUGCUCUAUGAAAGCAGAAAUCGGUUGCGCAACGAGUGAUGAGUGCCCCUCCCAGCAGGCGUGCAUUAAUGCUCUUUGCGUGGAUCCCUGCACCUACAAUAAUCCGUGCGGCCGCAAUGAAGAUUGCCGUGUGUUCAACCAUAAUCCGCUCUGCUCAGCCGAACAUGGUCGCACACCUGGCUGUGAGCAUUGUCCACCAGGCGCGAACUGCGAUCCCACAACCGGAGCUUGUAUAAAGGCUAACGUAACAAUAACAACUAUUACUACCAAGAACUCCACAUCUACCAAGAUACCAACGAAACCAAGAACAACAGCUAACCCAAACACAGGCGUCAAAACGACGCCGACAACCACAAGGGUCUCCACAAGAACCACGACCACAACCACUACUACCACUUCCUCCACUAGCACUGAAUCGAGCACAAUCACAAGCGCUACUAACCAGACCAGUAAGAAUCACAAACCAGACACAGAAAGCACCACCUCCCACACCGAUGCCACGAGGCGCUAUCGCGAUGGUGAGAACAAUAUCACCGAUACACCAACUCCGAGGCCCACGAUCCAGACGACCACGUUGCGCGGCGAAGAUAUCAUAAGUGACAGUCAGAAGCGAUCCACUACGACGCCCAAAAUGAAGACCACCCGGCUGGAUACUUCGAACGAAGUCCCAGAUACCACGACGCCAUGGCCGAUCGAGUUGCCCACCAUGGAGGGCACCACCACGGAGGUCUACAACACCAUGAUUGCUCCGCUGGGCAACACCACUGACACCUCAUUAAUUAACCCAUGUACAAUAGAUACUAACUGUGCCCCUAACGAGCACUGUGAGAUGGGCCAUUGCCGUAAGAAAGGACAGCCGGGUUCACCGAAAACACCCGAACCCUGUCAAUCUAACAACGACUGCAUUGAGAGCGAGGCCUGUUACAUGGGUCUGUGUCAGGAUCCGUGCGAGUUUGCCAAGAUUUGUGCCGCGACGGCCAAGUGCACGGCCAAGAGUCAUCGACCAGUUUGCACCUGCCCGCAGGGCCAUGAGGGCAAUCCGAUGGUCAAGUGUAUAAGCACUCAAACCUCAAUUGAAUGCACUGACAAUUCGGACUGUGGUGUCACGGAGGCGUGCAUCAACCAGCUCUGCCAGCAUCCCUGCGAUGUCCAUGAUCCCUGUUCCACGAAUGCCGUGUGCAUCAACACCAACCAUGCAGCGGAUUGCAGCUGCGCGGAUGGCUUCCAGGGCAAUGGAUUUGUUGGUUGUCAGCCAGCACGUACCCAUGUCUGUCAAUACAACGAGGAUUGUCCGCCGACGAAGCUCUGCGAUCGCCUGAACCGGCGCUGCAUCAAUCCCUGCCAAGAGGACUCGUGCGGCGAGAAUGCCGAGUGUAUACCCGUAAACCAUGGAACUGACUGUCGCUGCCUGCCCGGGUUCCUCGGAAAUGCCUAUGUGCAGUGUCUUCCCAGUCAGGGUUGCCGUUCCGAUUCCGAGUGUGAUUCCAGUCAGGCCUGCAUCAACGGCAAGUGCUCAUCGCCCUGCCAGUGUGGAGCUUUUGCCCUCUGCGAUGUGGUCAACCAUCGUGGCGUGUGCAAGUGCCCUCCCGGCUACAACGGCAAUCCCCAGGUGGGCUGCAGUCCACCUCAGGACCCUUGCGACCCCAAUCCAUGUGGCUUAAAUGCCCUGUGCGAGCUGGACAAUGGCAACCCCAUCUGCUACUGCCCCAAGGGUCUUACCGGAAAUCCCUUCAAGAAUUGCAUUCCUGAGGGAGAUGAAUGCACGCCGAACCCUUGUGGACCCAACUCCGGAUGCCGUCGCGUGGAUGGUAACCCUAUUUGCUUCUGCCUGCCGGAGUACGAGGGUCAACCGCCGUCGAUUCCCUGUGAACUGCCCUCAAAUCCCUGCGAUCCGUCACCUUGUGGUCCAAAUACCCAGUGCUCCGUGCUCAGCAAUGGUUUCUCCAAGUGCACCUGCCUGCCGAACUACGUGGAGAGCCCGAACACCAUCCGUGGCUGCGUGGAACCCAUUAAUCCGUGCGAUCCCAAUCCCUGUGGAGUUGGUGCCAUCUGCGAUUCAUCGCGUCAGCCCGUCUGCUACUGUCCGGACAACAAGAUUGGAAAUCCCUUUAGGUUGUGCGACAAGCCAGCCGUUACUAUUGAGCUUUGCCAACCAGGACCUUGUGGCAGGAAUGCCGACUGUUAUGUGGCCGGAAAUCGCGAGGAAUGCUACUGUCGCUCCGGGUACGUGGGUGAUGCCUAUCAAGGAUGCCGUGAGCCCAGUCGCACAGUUUGCGAUCCCAAUCCCUGUGGACCCAAUGCCAACUGCGUGGUGGCCGGUGACGGACAGACCGCUUGCGUUUGUCCCGACGGCUUGUCCGGUGAUCCCACAUCCCUGAUUGGCUGCCAUGGCUACGAGUGCCAGGUGGACGCUGAUUGUCCGAACAGCAAGGCCUGCAUGGGCUACCGCUGUUACGAUCCCUGCCCCGGAGCCUGUGGCCAAGGAGCCCACUGCCAAGUGGAAGAACAUCACCCGGUUUGCUCUUGCAAUGCCGGAUUGACUGGCAACCCGGGAGUUCGCUGCUAUGCACUGGAUCAUCCCAAGACGAAUCCUUGCGUUCCAAGCCCAUGUGGAAGGAAUAGUGAGUGCAAGUUGCUGAACAACCGAGCUGUCUGCUCCUGCAUCCCAGGUUACUUGGGUGAUCCUCAGUCGGGAUGCCGGCCGGAGUGCGACAUCAACUCGGAUUGCGGUGAUUCCUUGUCGUGCAUAAACCACAAGUGUGUGGAUCCCUGUGCCGGAGCUAUCUGCGGCAUCAAUGCCAUCUGCAAUGUGCGCCAGCACACGCCAGUAUGUCUGUGCUUGGACGGAUUCGUGGGAGAUGCCUUCUUGCAGUGCGUGCCCAUUGGAAUACUGAAGAACGUUUCGCGGGAUCCGUGUGCCCCGUCGCCCUGUGGACCCCAUGAUGUUUGCUCGGUGUUCGGCGAUGGAGUGGCCCUUUGUGAUCCCUGCUUCGGUCCCAAUGCCCAGCAGAAUCCCCGCUGCCGACCGGAAUGUGUGGCCAAUUCGGAUUGUCCCUUCGAUCGCGCCUGUUUGGGUCAGCGCUGUCAGGAUCCCUGCCCUGGAUCAUGUGGCCGAAACGCCAUCUGCAAUGUAUACGAACACAACCCCGUCUGUGCUUGCCCCACGGGUCUAUUUGGAAACCCCUACGAACAGUGCACUACGCAGUCGGUGGUGGAGCCACCACCACAACCUAGCUGCGCCAAGCUCCGUUGUGGAGCAAACGCGGAGUGCAAGAGACAGCACAGCGGCCUGGCCUGCGUCUGCCGCAAGGGUUACUUCGGAGACCCACAUAUCGGUUGCCGGCCGGAGUGCGUGCUCAACAGCGACUGCCCGGCGGAGAAGGCCUGUCAAAAUUCCAAGUGCGUGGAGGCUUGUGCCGGCGUUUGUGGCAUCAAUGCCGUGUGCCGAGUGGUCAACCACGCCCCGGUGUGCAUCUGUGCCGAGGGCUACAGGGGAGAUGCCGCCAUUGCCUGUAAUCCCCACUACCUGCCCCCACCUGCAACGCGACCAAAUCCCUGUGAGCCAUCGCCCUGUGGUCCCAACUCUCGCUGCAAGGCUACCCCAGAUGGCUAUGCAGCCUGUUCCUGUCUGCCGAACUUCAAGGGAGCUCCACCAGUCUGCCAGCCAGAGUGCGUGGUUAGCACAGAGUGCGCUCCCAACCAGGCGUGUCUCAACCAAAGGUGUGCCGAUCCCUGCCCGGGUAUCUGCGGUGGUGGAGCCCGCUGCGAAGUGCUUAACCACAAUCCCAUUUGCUCUUGCGAAGUCAACUUCGAGGGUGAUCCAUUUGUGGCCUGCUCACCAGUUCAGGAUCCAGGUCGCGACAUCGCUGUGGCGAAGAACCCAUGCGUGCCAUCUCCCUGCGGACCGAACUCCAUAUGCCAGAUCAAACAGAACCGACCAGUCUGCUCAUGUGUGGCCAACUACAUUGGCAGCCCGCCGUAUUGCCGCCCAGAGUGCACGCUGAGCAGCGAGUGUCCUUCGGACAAGGCCUGCAUCCAGGAGAAGUGCCAGAAUCCGUGUGCCAACAUCUGUGGACACAACGCCCGUUGUACGGUCAUUGCACACUCCGCCCACUGUAGCUGCGAUGAUGACUACGAGGGAGAUGCCUUCAUCGGUUGCACCAAGAAGAUUACAGAGAGACCCCAAGACCACAUUGAUCCAUGCUACCCGAACCCUUGUGCUGAGAACGCUGUUUGCACACCUCACAACAAUGCCGCCCGGUGUACCUGCAUUGAGCCCUACAAUGGCGAUCCGUACAGCACCGGAUGUCGCCCGGAAUGUAUCUACAGCUCGGAGUGUCCUUCGUCGCUGGCCUGCAUUAAGCAGCACUGUCGCGAUCCCUGCAUUGCUGCCUGUGGAGCUAAUGCCGAGUGCGCUGUGGUGAACCACUUGGCCUCUUGCAGUUGCAUUCGAGGAUUCGAGGGUAAUCCCUUCGAAGGAUGCAAGCGGUUGCCUAUUGUGCGACCCGAGAGCGUGUGUGAGCCGAAUCCGUGUGGACCCAACAGCGUCUGUCGCACCGUCGAAGGACAUCCCACGUGCAGCUGCCAGGUUGGAUACUUUGGAGCUCCGCCUCAGUGCAGACCCGAAUGUGUGGUCAGCUCGGAGUGUGCCCAGCAUCUGGCCUGCAUAAACCAGAAGUGUACCGAUCCCUGUGCGGAGAAUUGCGGAUUCAACGCCAAGUGUCGCGUGAACAACCACAAUCCCAUCUGCUCCUGUCCACCCAACUAUGUUGGUAAUCCAUUCGAACAAUGUGUGCCGAAACCACCACCAGAAGCGGAACGCCAUGCGGACCCUUGCCUGCCCAGCCCAUGUGGCUCCAAUUCCGUUUGUCGCAAUGUUAACAAUAGAGCUGAGUGCUCUUGUGCCCCAGGAAUGUUUGGAGCCCCACCAAACUGCCGACCGGAGUGUGUGAUUAACCAGGAUUGCCCAUCGAAUCGGGCUUGCAUUCGUCAAAGAUGCGAAGAUCCCUGUAUCGGAAUUUGCGGCUUCAAUGCCGUGUGCUCCACUCAGAACCAUCAGCCCAAGUGCAGUUGCAUUGAGAGCUUCGAGGGUGAUCCGUACACCGCCUGCAGAAUGCGUGAGAUCGUGGUGCCAGAUCCACCCUCCGACCCAUGCUACCCAUCGCCAUGUGGUGCCAAUGCUAUUUGUCGCGUGCGCAAUGGAGUCGGCUCCUGCACCUGCAUCCAGAACUAUUUCGGUGAUCCGUAUAUCAAUUGCCGCCCAGAAUGCGUGCAGAAUAGUGAUUGUCCCGGCAACCGGGCCUGUAUCAAUAUGAAGUGUCGCGAUCCUUGCGCCAAUGCCUGCGGAUUCAAUGCCAUCUGCCGGGUGGCCCAUCACCAGCCUGUGUGCAGUUGUGAGCCGGGUUUCACCGGCAAUCCACUGCGCGCAUGCGUCGAAAGGCCCUCAAAUAUGUACCUACCCCUACCCAAAGACCCUUGUAGACCCUCGCCUUGUGGCCUGUUCAGCACUUGUCACGUGGUUGGGGAUCGUCCCGUGUGUGCCUGCUUGCCAGACUACAUGGGCGCUCCGCCCAACUGCAGGCCCGAGUGCAUGACCAGUGCCGAGUGUCCCUCGGAUAGGGCCUGUAUCAACCAACGGUGCAAAGAUCCUUGUCCCGGAACAUGCGGCUACAAUGCCCGUUGUCGCUGCACCAAUCACUCACCAAUCUGCAGUUGUUACGAUGGCUACACAGGUGAUCCGUUCCACCAGUGUGUGCCUGAAAGAAAACCACCGCCAAUAGCCGAUCCCAUUGUACCGGCCAAUCCUUGUGUGCCUUCACCUUGUGGACCCAACUCUCAGUGCCAGGUUUCGAGCACCGGAGCAGUCUGCUCCUGCGUAACAAACUACAUAGGACGUCCGCCUGGCUGUCGGCCGGAGUGCAGUAUCAAUUCCGAGUGCCCGGCCAGAAUGGCCUGCGUCAACGCUCGAUGUGCUGAUCCUUGUAUCGGAGCAUGUGGAAAUAACGCACUCUGCCAUGUCAGCCUGCAUGCCCCGGUCUGCAUGUGCGAACCUGGCUUCUCCGGCGAUCCAUUCUCCGGCUGCUACAAGAUCAUUGAGACGCCCAUUGAGGUGAUCCAACCCUGUCGUCCCAGUCCGUGUGGUUUGAAUGCUCUUUGCGAGGAAAGAAACCAGGCCGCCGCCUGCAAGUGUCUUCCGGAGUACUUUGGCGAUCCGUACGUCGAGUGUCGCCCUGAGUGUGUCAUCAACUCGGACUGUCCCAGGACGCGUGCCUGUGUCAACCAGAAGUGCGUGGAUCCGUGUCCAGGAAUGUGUGGCCACAACGCCCAGUGCGCCGUCUUUAACCACGCUCCCAACUGCGAGUGUCUGCCUGGUUACACGGGUAACCCCAUCGUUGGUUGCCACCUGGUCCCAGAAAUUCGAUAUCCCGACCCCAUAGUGCCCGAAAAUCCCUGCCAGCCCUCGCCCUGCGGCCUCUACAGCAACUGUCGUCCGGUCAAUGGCCACGCAGUCUGCUCCUGUGUUCCCAACUACAUCGGUUCCCCUCCCAACUGCCGGCCCGAGUGCAUGAGCAGCUCGGAGUGCGCGCAGGACAAGUCGUGCCUCAACGAGCGCUGCAAGGAUCCCUGCCCGGGCACCUGUGGCAACAACGCCCUCUGCCGCGUGGUUAACCACAACCCCAUCUGCUCCUGCAGUCCCGGCUUCAGCGGUGAUCCCUUCGUGCGCUGCUUCCCGCAAGAGAAGCGACCGGAAAUCAGCCAUGAUCGCACUAACCCGUGCGUUCCCUCGCCAUGUGGUCCCAACUCUGAGUGCCGGGUAUCUCCUGCCAAUGAGCAGGCUGUCUGCUCAUGCUUGCAACAUUAUGUGGGUAGGGCUCCGAAUUGCCGGCCGGAGUGCACCUCGGACUCCGAGUGCCCCGGCAAUUUGGCCUGCAUCAAUCUGCGCUGCCGGGAUCCGUGUGUCGGUACCUGCGGUAUCCAGACCACUUGUCUUGUAAAUAACCAUAGACCCAUUUGCCGCUGCAUUGACGGCUAUGCAGGGGACCCAUUCUCAGAGUGUAGUCCGAAGAUUAUUGUCCCGCCAGAGGUGGCACAGCCCUGCAACCCAAGUCCCUGCGGCGCCAAUGCUGUGUGCAAGGAGCGCAAUGGAGUUGGCUCCUGCUCCUGCCUGCCGGAGUACAAUGGAGACCCCUACACCGAGUGCCGACCGGAGUGUGUGCUCAAUAGUGACUGCUCGAAGAACCGCGCCUGCCUCAACAACAAGUGCCGCGAUCCCUGUCCCGGUGUAUGUGGCGUCUCUGCCGAGUGCCACGUGAUCAAUCAUGCCCCCAGCUGCAGUUGUCCAUCCGGAUUUACGGGCAAUCCCUCGCAAUACUGUCGGGAGAUACCAAAAUUGCCCGCUCCCGUUGAACCAUGUCGUCCUUCGCCCUGCGGUCCUUAUAGCCAGUGCCGUGAGGUCAACGGUCAUGCGGUCUGCUCCUGCGUUACCAACUACAUUGGCACUCCGCCUGCCUGUCGUCCGGAGUGCUCGGUAAGCUCCGAGUGUGCUCAGGACAGGGCUUGCGUAAACCAGCGCUGUGUAGACCCGUGUACGGGCAACUGUGGCAACGAGGCCAUUUGUAAGGUGACCAACCACAACCCUAUCUGCUCCUGCCCUGCCGGCUACAGCGGCGAUCCGUUCGUGCGCUGUGCGCCAUGGCAGGAGGAGCCGGAGCAGCCCAAGUCCAAUGAGAAUCCCUGUGUGCCCAGUCCUUGCGGACGCAAUUCCCAGUGCCGUGUUGUGGGUGAGACGGGAGUUUGCUCCUGCCUGCCCAAUUUCGUGGGCAGGGCACCCAACUGCCGACCAGAGUGCACCAUUAACACUGAGUGUCCCGCCACCCUGGCCUGCGUCAAUGAGCGCUGCCAGGAUCCCUGUCCGGGAUCGUGUGGCUUCAAUGCCUACUGCAGUGUGGUGAAUCACUCGCCCGUCUGCUCUUGCGACAACGGUUACACUGGUGAUCCGUUCUCCGGCUGCAAUCCGCAACCGCCAGCCGUGCCCGAUGAGCGCCUGACUCCCUGCCAACCUUCGCCCUGUGGCCCCAAUGCCGAGUGCCGUGAACGCAACGGAGCCGGCUCCUGUACUUGCUUGCCGGAGUACUUCGGUGACCCGUACAGUGGCUGUCGUCCGGAGUGCGUGGUGAACAGUGAUUGCUCGCGCGACAGGUCGUGCGUCAACCAGAAAUGCGUGGACCCUUGUCCAGGUGUUUGUGGUCUGAAUGCCCAGUGUCGUGUGUCCAAUCAUCUGCCCAGUUGCACUUGCCUGGCCGGAUACACUGGAAAUCCGUCGAGCGCGUGCCGUGAAAUUCCUCAGUUGCCCCCACCACCCGAACGGGAUGAGAACCCCUGUAGACCCUCGCCCUGUGGUCCCUACAGCCAGUGCCGCGAGGUCAGCGGCCAUGCCGUGUGCUCCUGCCUUCAGGGCUACAUCGGCUCAGCGCCCAGCUGCCGGCCCGAGUGCAUCAUUAGCUCGGAUUGCGCUCAAGAUCUCAACUGUCAGAAUCAGAAGUGUGUGGACCCGUGUCCCGGCACUUGUGGCAUCGAGGCGCGCUGCCAGGUCAUUAACCACUAUCCCGCAUGCUCCUGUGCCCCAGGUUUUACCGGAGAUCCUUUCAACCGGUGCACUAAGAUAUUGUUGGAGCCCCCACCCACCGAUAAGUCUGGUAAUCCCUGCAUCCCCUCACCGUGCGGACCCAACUCGAAAUGCCUCGAUGUCCGCGGUUCGCCUGCAUGCUCCUGUCUGCCCGAUUACCUGGGACGUCCGCCUAACUGCCGGCCCGAGUGCCUCAGUAGCGCCGACUGUCCUGCCAAUCUGGCCUGUGUGAACCAGCGAUGCUCGAACCCAUGCAUCGGUGCCUGCGGCCUGCACUCCGUGUGCACGGUCGUCAAGCACCGGCCGGCAUGCGAGUGUGUGCCUGGUUACACCGGAGAUCCCUUCUCCGGCUGUGCGAUCGUACAGCAAAUUGCCGUGCCGGAUGAGCCAAGGAAUCCAUGCAAUCCCAGCCCAUGUGGAGCUAAUGCCAUUUGCCGGGAGCGCAACGGAGCUGGCUCCUGCGCCUGCCUGCCGGAGUACUUUGGUGACCCGUACAGCGGCUGCCGACCCGAAUGUGUCCAGAACGACGAUUGCGAUCGCUCGCGUGCCUGCAUUAACAACAAGUGCCAGGAUCCAUGUCCCGGAGUCUGUGGCAUCAAUGCCGAGUGUAGGGUCCUGAAUCACGGACCGAACUGCAACUGCUUCGAGGGCUACACCGGAGAUCCGCAUCGCUCGUGCUCGCUGAUCGAGGUGGUUACCAGGCGACCGGAUAACCCAUGCCAACCCUCACCCUGCGGACCGUACAGCCAGUGUUUGGACACCAACAGCCAUGCGGUGUGCAGCUGCCUGGAGGGCUACAUUGGAGCUCCUCCUAGCUGCAAACCUGAGUGUGUGGUCAGUUCGGAGUGCCCCCAGAACAGAGCGUGCAUAAACCAGAAGUGCGAGGAUCCUUGCCGCGGAUCGUGCGGCAACAAUGCCAAGUGCCAAGUGGUGAACCACAAUCCCAUCUGUUCGUGCCAGCCCGGCAUGACGGGAGAUCCGAUUUCGGGCUGUGAGCCCACUCCUGAGGUCAAGAACGUGGAGAACCCAUGUGUGCCAUCGCCUUGUGGACCCAACUCCGUUUGCCGUAAUAUCGGCAACCAGGCAGCUUGCUCUUGCAAGACUAACUUCAUUGGACGUCCGCCCACUUGCCGACCGGAGUGUACGAACAACGACGAGUGCCAGAACCAUCUCUCCUGCCAGCAGGAACGCUGCGUGGAUCCGUGUCCCGGUUCGUGUGGGGCCAACGCCAUCUGCCAGGUUGUGCAACAUAAUGCUGUGUGCUCCUGCGCCGAUGGAUACGAGGGAGAACCGCUCUUUGGCUGCCAGCUGAUACCAGCCGUGAGACCAACUGAGUCGCCGACGUCGCCCUGCGAACCCUCGCCAUGUGGCCCGCAUGCCGAGUGUCGCGAGAGGAAUGGCGCUGGAGCCUGCUACUGCCACGAAGGAUUCGAGGGUAAUCCCUAUGAUGCCCAGCGAGGAUGCCGACGAGAAUGCGAGAACAACGAUGACUGCACCGCUGUCCAAGCCUGCUCUCGAUUCAAGUGCGUCGAUCCGUGCAACAAUAUCUGUGGCGACUACGCUAUUUGCACGGUUGACAAACAUGUGCCCACUUGUGACUGUCCGCCGGGAUACACUGGAGAUCCGUUCUUCAGCUGCAAGCCUGUGCCUGUUACUCCUCGUCCUCCGCUGAAUCCCUGCAAUCCGUCUCCUUGUGGACCAAACAGCAACUGCCGUGCCAUGAACAACCAGGCCGUGUGCUCCUGCCAGGCAGGAUUCAUCAACCAGCCGCCCAACUGCAAGCCCGAGUGCGUGGUCAGCGCCGAGUGCGCUCCGGAAAGGGCCUGUGUGAACAAAAAGUGCGUGGACCCCUGUCUGCACACCUGUGGCAUCCGAGCCAUCUGUACCACCAAGAACCACAGUCCCAUCUGUACGUGCCCACGUACUAUGACCGGAGAUCCGUUCGUAGAGUGCACUAGAGUUGCCAUCACCAAUGACAAUACUACACCGUCGCCGGAACCUGCAUCAUGUGUGCCAUCUCCUUGCGGACCCAACGCCAAGUGUCAGAUCGUGGGCAACAGUCCGGCCUGUUCCUGCCUGCCCAACUUCAUUGGAUCCCCGCCUCGCUGUCGACCGGAGUGCGUGUUGAAUUCUGAGUGCGGACCCACGGAGGCGUGCAUCAAUCAGAAGUGUGCCGAUCCCUGCUCCGGAUCCUGCGGAUUCGAGGCCAAGUGCCAUGUUCUCAACCACCUGCCCAUCUGCAACUGCAUCGAUGGCUACGAGGGAGAUCCGUUCGUGCGAUGCACCAAGAAGGAAGAAGAACGAACUCCGCCACCUGUCAAUGAUCCAUGCAACCCGAGUCCAUGUGGUCUGAAUGCGGACUGCUUUGCCGGCGAGUGUCGCUGCCAGAAUAACUACCAAGGAAACCCCUACGAAGGAUGUCGUCCGGAGUGCACACUCUCGGCCGAUUGUCCCAGGGACAAGGCCUGCAUGCGAAACCGCUGUGUGGAUCCCUGCCCAGGAAUCUGCGGCAACAAUGCCAUGUGCGAGGUGAUGAACCACAUUCCGGUGUGCUCAUGCGUGCAGGGCUACGAGGGUGAUCCGUUCGUGAACUGCCGUGUGAAAGCCGUCGUGGAGGACCCCAUAAUUGAGGCCUGUUCCCCAUCGCCGUGCGGAUCCAACAGCCAGUGCCGAGAUGUCAACGGACAUGCAGUAUGUUCCUGCCUGGAGGGCUAUAUCGGAGCACCACCUCAGUGCCGUCCCGAGUGUGUGGUGUCUAGCGAGUGCUCCGCUCUGCAGGCUUGUGUCAACAAAAAGUGCGUGGAUCCCUGCGCUGCUGCCUGUGGCCUGGAUGCUCGCUGUGAGGUCAUCAAUCAUAGUCCCAUCUGUGGAUGCCCACCUGGCCGAACUGGUGAUCCGUUCAAGCAGUGCGUGAUUCUACAACCGAUUCCCGCACCGGACGUCAAGACACCACCUCAAGAUCCCUGCGUGCCCUCGCCGUGUGGACCCAACUCUAUCUGCAAGCCAGAUAGAAAUGGACCCGUCUGCCAGUGCCAAGCCGAGUUCUUUGGCUCACCACCCAACUGCCGACCCGAGUGCAUCAUCAAUCCAGACUGCCAAUCUUCACAGGCGUGCAUCAACAACAGAUGCAGCAAUCCCUGCCCAGAGUCUUGCGGAACCAACGCCGAGUGUCGUGUCAUUGGACACGCAGUGUCCUGCUCUUGCCCACCUGGAUAUGCUGGCAACGCCUUCGUCCAGUGUGUACCACAGCAAGAGGAGCCGCCAAAGCCAUGCCAGCCAUCGCCAUGUGGAGCGAACGCCGAGUGCAUUGAACGGAAUGGAGCCGCUGCUUGCAAGUGUAUUGAUGAAUACCAGGGCAACCCCUACGAGGGAUGUCGCCCCGAGUGCGUACUAAGCUCCGAUUGUCCCACGGACAAGACGUGCAUCCGCAACAAGUGCCAGGAUCCGUGCCCCGGAAUUUGUGGACUGAACGCCCAGUGUUAUGCUGUCAACCAUGUGCCCAACUGUGUCUGUAACGACGGUUUUACUGGAGAUCCGUUUGCCAGUUGUCGCCGAGUGGAGGUCUCUACUCCACCAUCAGUUGCAGACCCUUGCAUUCCAUCUCCUUGCGGAGCCAACAGCAAAUGCAGGGUAGCCAAUGGUUUGGCCGUGUGCUCCUGUCUGGAUACCUUCAUUGGUUCUCCACCUAACUGCAAGCCAGAGUGCACGGUAAAUGCCGAGUGCCCUUCGACCAAGGCGUGCCAUAAGUUCCGCUGCGCCAAUCCUUGCGCCAAGACGUGCGGCCUGAAUGCCAAGUGUGAGGUGAUUAACCACAAUCCGAUCUGCAGUUGUCCAUUGGACAUGACGGGCGAUCCUUUCGCACGUUGCUAUCCAGCUCCUCCCCCGCCGCCUCCAGGACGUGAUGAGCCUAUUAAAAGACCAUGCCAACCUUCGCCUUGUGGACUGAACUCUGAGUGCAGGGUGCGCGACGACCAGGCCUCCUGCUCUUGCCUACCCAACUUCAUUGGAGCUCCGCCCAACUGCCGUCCCGAGUGCGUAGUAAACACGGAUUGCUCGCCAGACCGAGCUUGCAUCGCCGAGAAGUGCCGUGAUCCAUGCGAUGGAUCUUGCGGCGUGGAUUCCGAGUGCCGUGUUCAGAACCACUUGGCCAUCUGUACCUGUCGUGGCGGAUUCACCGGUGAUCCGUUCGUUCGUUGUAUCGAGUUCGUUGAAGAGACCACUAAGUCACCGCCACUUUCGCAGGAUCCUUGCGACCUGCAGCCAUGUGGUUCGAAUGCCGAGUGCAGGAAUGGAAUCUGUAGCUGCCUGAAGGAUUACCAAGGAGAUCCGUACACCGGUUGUCGUCCAGAGUGUACAUUGAGUACCGAUUGCCCACCCACCAAGGCUUGCCUGAACAAGAAGUGUGUUGAUCCCUGUCCUGGAGUUUGUGGCCAGAACUCGCAGUGCGAUGUUUCAAACCAUAUACCCAUAUGCAGUUGUCUGCAGGGCUACACGGGCGAUCCGUUUGUCCACUGCCGCCACGAGACGCCAGUGGCCAAGGAUCCAUGUCAACCAAAUCCUUGUGGGCCCAACUCCCAGUGCCACAUUUCUGGUCAAGGGCCUGUUUGUGCCUGUCAACCGGGAAUGCUGGGCUCACCGCCCGCCUGCAAGCCGGAAUGCAUCGUUAGCUCAGAGUGCUCGCUGCACACAGCAUGUGUGAACAGGAAGUGCGUGGAUCCCUGCCCCGGAGCCUGUGGACAAUUUGCCCGCUGCCAGGUGAUCAACCACAAUCCGUCGUGUUCCUGCAACACUGGAUACACGGGCGACCCGUUCACUCGCUGCUACCAAGAGGAAAGAAAACCACCUCCGACGCCAGAGAACCCAUGUCAACCAUCGCCUUGCGGACCCAAUUCCGAGUGCAAGGUGCUGAAUGGCAAUGCAGCCUGCUCAUGCGCCGCUACCUUUAUUGGAACACCACCAAGUUGCCGACCCGAGUGCUCAAUCAAUCCGGAAUGUCCACCGACCAAGGCCUGCAUCCGCCAGAAGUGCUCGGAUCCGUGUGCGAAUGCCUGUGGAUUCAAUGCCCGCUGCAAUGUGGCUAAUCAUCAACCCAUCUGCACUUGCGAUGUGGGCUAUACUGGAGAUCCGUUCACCGGCUGUCAAAAAGAACAAGAACGCAUUGUCAAUGAGCAGGUGACUCCCUGCGAACCCAAUCCCUGCGGCUCGAAUGCUGUGUGCCGCGAAAGAAAUGGCAUUGGGUCCUGUCAGUGCCUGCCCGAUCAUUUUGGUGACCCGUAUCAGUCGUGCCGUCCGGAGUGCGUCCGUCACUCGGACUGCCCGUCCAACAGGGCGUGCCAGCAGCAGAAGUGUCGCGAUCCCUGCCCUGGCACCUGUGGCACCAAUGCGGACUGCAGUGUGACGAACCACCUGCCCACCUGUACUUGCCGCAUCGGAUACACCGGUGAUCCGUACCGCUACUGCCAUUUGGAACCGCCCCAGCUCCCUGCUCGUGUGACCGAACCGAGUCAACCCUGUCGCCCAUCACCUUGUGGUCCCAACUCCCAGUGUCGCGAGCUCAACGGCCAAGCCGUCUGCUCCUGCCUAGAGCUUCACAUCGGUUUGCCCCCCAACUGCCGCCCCGAGUGUGUCUUGAGUACCGAAUGCCCCACCGAUAAGGCUUGCAUUAGUCAACGUUGUCAGGAUCCCUGUCCGGGCACUUGUGGCAUUAAUGCCGAGUGCCGGGUGCGUAGUCACAGUCCUCUGUGCCAGUGUCGUCAAGGUUUCACCGGUGAUUCCUUUACCCGCUGCUAUCCGCUACCACCCCCACCACCUGUAAUCGAACGCGUUGAACGGGAUCCUUGUCUGCCAUCACCCUGCGGUCUAAAUAGUCAAUGUCGCAAUGUGCAGGGAGUGCCAUCCUGUUCCUGUUUGCCGGAAUUCCUGGGGGUACCGCCCAACUGUCGGCCCGAGUGCACCAUCAGUGCAGAGUGUCCUUCCAAUCUGGCUUGUAUACGGGAGAAGUGUAUAGAUCCCUGUCCGGGUUCCUGUGGCUAUGCCGCCGAGUGUAAUGUGGUGAACCACACCCCGAUUUGCGUAUGUCCAGCUGGCUUUACGGGAGAUCCAUUCAGCAGCUGUCGUCCAGCGCCUCCACUAGAACCUACGCAAAACGAAUAUGUGGACCCCUGCAACCCAUCUCCUUGUGGCCCGAAUGCCCAGUGCAACGCUGGAGUCUGCAAAUGCCUGACCGAAUUCCAUGGCGAUCCCUACUCUGGCUGUCGGCCCGAGUGCGUCCUGAAUUCCGACUGUCCUCGGGACAAGGCUUGUCAUCGCAGCAAGUGUGUGAACCCUUGUCCAGGAACUUGUGGCGAGAAUGCCAUAUGCGAUGUCAUUAAUCACAUACCCAUGUGCAGAUGCCCGGAACGCACUGCUGGCAGUGCUUUUAUCCGUUGUUCUCCUAUCCAGAUUUCAGUAACCAAUCCCUGCCGACCCUCACCGUGUGGUCCCAACUCUCAGUGCCGCGAGGUUAAUCAGCAAGCAGUGUGCUCGUGCCUGACAGGCUUUAUUGGAGCACCGCCAUCCUGCCGACCUGAGUGCACCUCGAACGCAGAGUGUGCGCCCACCCAGGCUUGUCUCAACCAACGGUGCGGAGACCCCUGCCCGGGAACAUGUGGAGUGGGAGCCAAUUGUGCUGUUGUCAGCCACAGUCCCUUCUGCACAUGUCCUCCUAGGUUUACGGGUAACCCCUUCGUUCGCUGUCAGCCACAAAUUGAACCUCCUGUGCGUGAUGUCGCCCCCGUUGAUCCCUGUCGCCCAUCUCCUUGUGGACCCUACUCCCAGUGUCGCCCAGUGGGCGAGGCUCCUGCCUGUUCCUGUCUGGAAACCUACAUUGGACGACCCCCAAACUGCCGGCCGGAAUGUGUCACUAGUUCGGACUGCUCCAGUCAACUGGCCUGUGUCAACCAAAAGUGCGUCGAUCCCUGCCCGGGACGUUGUGGCAUUAAUGCCGAGUGCCAUGUUGUCAGCCAUGCUGUGCAAUGUAUCUGCCAGCAGGGCUUCAACGGAGAUCCGUUUGUACAGUGCCGACCGGAGAUCGCCUAUGAAAAUGAAAUCCGCACACCGUGCAACCCAAGUCCAUGUGGACCGAAUGCCGUGUGCCGCGAUCGAAAUGGAGUUGGAUCCUGCCAGUGUUUGCCGGAGUACUUUGGCGAUCCCUACGCGGGUUGUCGCCCGGAGUGCAUGCUUGACUCGGAUUGUCCCUCGAAUAGGGCUUGUCAACAACUCAGAUGCCAGGAUCCCUGCCCAGGAACUUGCGGCCAAAAUGCCAACUGUCAAGUGGUUAAUCAUUUGCCACAAUGCACUUGCCUCACCGGAUAUGUGGGUGACCCCUACCGGCUGUGUAAUCGACUGCCAGAACCUAUCCAAAACGAGUAUGUUAAUCCCUGUCAGCCCACACCUUGUGGUCCCAACUCUCAAUGCCGCGUUUCCAAUGAACAAGCGGUUUGCUCUUGCCUGCCCUUGUUUGUGGGAAGCCCGCCAUCCUGCCGCCCAGAAUGCACCAUCUCCUCGGAGUGUCCUGUGGAUAAGGCUUGUGUUAAUCAAAAGUGCGUGGAUCCUUGCGCAGCGGAUACUUGUGGAAACAAUGCCAUUUGCAGGGUUCGCAACCACAGCCCCAUUUGCAGCUGCAUCAGCGGCUACACAGGUGACGCCUUUACGCGUUGCUUCCCCAUUCCACCGCCAAUUGUUGAGACCAAAGACGAACCCCUGAGGGAUCCCUGUAUACCAACACCCUGUGGCCCUAACUCCGAGUGUCGCAAUAUUAACGGAGUGCCUGCCUGUUCCUGCCUGGCUAACUUUGUUGGUCAAGCUCCCAAUUGUCGCCCCGAGUGCACUAUAAACUCGGAAUGUCCUAGUCAACUGGCGUGCAUCAACCAAAAGUGCCGCGAUCCCUGCCCAGGAGCAUGUGGUCAAAAUGCCGUGUGCAGUGUCAUCAAUCAUACACCACUCUGCGCUUGCAUCGAUGGUUACAUAGGAAAUCCAUUCACCAACUGCAAUCCCAAGCCUCCAGAACCUGUAGCACCACCAGUAGCCGACGAUCCUUGCAAUCCAUCGCCCUGCGGGGCUAACGCUCUUUGCCGAAACGGCCAGUGCUCGUGUAUACCCGAGUACCAGGGAGAUCCGUAUGUCUCUUGUCGCCCAGAGUGUGUUCUAAACACAGAUUGCCCAAGAGAUCGGGCUUGUGUGCGCAACAAGUGCAUCGAUCCCUGCCCCGGAACUUGUGGGGUGAACGCCCUAUGUGAGGUUACCAACCAUAUUCCGAUUUGCCGCUGUCCAGAACAGAUGUCCGGUAACGCUUUCUUCGAGUGCCGACCAGUGCCGCCUUCCAAGAUUCAAAAUCCCUGCCAGCCAUCGCCAUGUGGCCCCAACAGUCAGUGCCGCGUGGUGCAACAGACUGCGGUCUGUUCCUGCCUGUCUGACUACGUGGGUAGUCCACCGCUGUGUCGACCGGAAUGUGUGACCAACUCAGAUUGUCCUGCCGAUCAGGAUUGCCAGAACAUGAAGUGUCGCGAUCCCUGUCCUGGUACCUGUGGCUUCAAUGCCCUCUGCAACGUGGUCAACCAUCGUCCCUUCUGCAGCUGCCCCUCUGGCAUGUCCGGAAAUCCCUUCGUGAGCUGUCAGCAGCUAAUAAUACGCGAUGAGAGACCACAGAAUCCAUGCCAGCCAUCACCUUGUGGGCCCAACUCUGAAUGUCGCGUGUCAGGAGAAUCGCCUUCCUGUUCUUGCCUUCCCGAAUUUGUGGGUGCUCCGCCCAACUGUCGACCAGAAUGCAUUUCGAAUUCUGAAUGUCCAACAAACCAAGCCUGCAUCAAUCAGAAAUGCGCAGAUCCCUGUCCAGGAUUGUGUGGUCAAAAUGCCAUUUGCCGGGUGUUCAGUCAUAGUGCCUCUUGCUUGUGUGACAAUGGCUUCACCGGAGAUCCGUAUAGUCAGUGCAGUCCAUUUAGGGAUUCACCUCCCGAAGUGCUGCAGCCCUGCAAUCCCAGUCCUUGCGGCGUGAACGCCAAGUGCGAGGAGCGUGGUGGUGCAGGAUCCUGCCAGUGUCUGCCUGACUACUUUGGGAAUCCCUAUGAUGGUUGCCGUCCUGAAUGCGUUCUGAACUCUGACUGCCCCUCGAAUCGGGCAUGUGUCAACCAAAAAUGUCGCGAUCCCUGUCCGGGAACAUGUGGCCAGAGCGCCGAAUGCCAGGUGGUCAAUCACUUGGCCACUUGUAAUUGCCUUUCUGGUUACACCGGAGAUCCAUACAGUCUGUGUCGCAUAAUAGUCAACGAGCCACCUGAACGCGUUUAUGUGAAUCCUUGCCAGCCGUCUCCAUGCGGUCCCAACUCACAAUGCCGUGAAGUCAACGAGCAAGGAGUCUGCUCUUGCUUGCCGGAGUUUAUUGGUAGCCCACCCGCGUGUCGUCCGGAAUGUACCAGUAGUUCGGAGUGCGCCGCCGACAAGGCUUGUGUAAACCGCAAGUGUGUGGAUCCAUGUCCAAAUGUUUGUGGUCAGCAAGCAGAGUGUCGUGUGCGUAAUCACAACCCCAUUUGCACCUGUCUUAGCGGAUUUACGGGUGAUCCAUUCACUCGUUGUUACCCCCAGCCGGCUCCACCCCCGAUCAUUGAACGUGAACCCCUUGACCCUUGUGUUCCUUCGCCUUGCGGAGCGAAUUCUCAGUGUCGCGAGAUUCACGGCACUCCAUCCUGCUCCUGUCUCCCGCAAUAUCUGGGAACUCCACCCAAUUGCCGGCCGGAGUGUUCCAUUAAUGCCGAGUGCCCCAGCCAUCAGGCCUGUAUUAAUCAGAAGUGCCGCGAUCCCUGUCCCGGCUCUUGUGGCCUCAACACCCAAUGCAAUGUGAUUAACCACACGCCCAUCUGCAGUUGUGUGUCCGGUUACAUCGGGGAUCCAUUCAGCGUUUGUAAUCCUCAGCCAAUACCUGAGAAAAUUCGAGACCCACUGCCUCCUGAAGAUCCCUGCAACCCAUCGCCCUGUGGCUCCAACGCCCAAUGCAACAAUGGAGUGUGCUCUUGCUUGCCCGAGUACCAUGGAGAUCCUUAUACCGGUUGUCGACCUGAGUGCGUUCUACAUACAGAUUGUGACCGUAGUAAGGCUUGUGUCCGUCACAAGUGCGUUGACCCAUGUCCAGGUGUCUGUGGCAUUAACGCGAUAUGCGAGGUCCUGAACCAUAUACCCAACUGCCGCUGCUUAGAAGGAAUGCAAGGCAACGCCUUCAUUCAGUGUAGCCCAAUUCCACAGCUCGACGUGGUGCAGAAUCCUUGCCAGCCUUCACCAUGUGGACCCAAUUCUCAGUGUCGCGUUGUCAACCAGCAGGCCAUAUGCACCUGCAUCGCGCCCUUCAUAGGAAGCCCGCCGUUCUGUCGUCCGGAAUGUACCACCAACUCGGAGUGUCCCUUGAACCUAGCCUGUCGCAACCAGAAGUGCACUGAUCCCUGUCCCGGCGUUUGUGGUCGCGGUGCGCAGUGCCAUGUGACCAAUCACUCGCCAUUCUGUCGCUGCUUGGAACGCUACACGGGUAAUCCGUUUGUGAGUUGCCAACAGAUCAUCGAGCCUCCGGUUCCGCCACCAAGGCAAACCUGCCUGCCAUCACCAUGCGGACCCUACUCCCAGUGCCGAGAAGUAAAUGAAUCCCCGUCUUGCACUUGCCUGGCGGACUACAUUGGAGCACCACCCAACUGUCGUCCUGAGUGCGUCACCAGUUCAGAGUGUCCCACGAAUCAGGCCUGCAUUCAGCAAAAGUGUCGCGAUCCUUGCCCUGGAUUAUGCGGACAAUCUGCGGAAUGCAGAGUCAUUUCGCACACGCCAAGCUGCGUUUGUCCGGAGGGAAUGGAAGGUGAUCCAUUUACCCAGUGUACCGUGAAGAGGAUUCAGCAACUAGACCAGUUAGAUCCGUGCAAUCCUAGUCCUUGUGGAGUCAAUGCUCGCUGUACGUCUCGCCAAGAUGCCGGGUCAUGUCAGUGCUUGCCGGAAUACUUUGGCAAUCCUUACGAGGGAUGUCGCCCUGAGUGCGUCCUCAAUUCGGAUUGUCCCUCGAACAAGGCUUGCCAGCAACAGAAGUGCCAGGAUCCCUGUCCAGGAACUUGCGGUCAGAAUGCCAUCUGUAAUGUGCUAAAUCAUGUACCCAGUUGUAGCUGCAUAACAGGAUUCUCCGGAGAUCCAUAUCGCUCGUGUGUCCCAGAACCCGUCAAGGAGUACGUCAAUCCCUGCCAGCCAUCGCCAUGUGGUCCAAAUUCCCAGUGUAGGGAAGUCAACGAACAAGCCAUUUGCUCAUGUCUGCCGGAUUAUGUGGGUGCGCCACCUGUUUGUCGCCCCGAGUGCACGUUAUCCUCAGAGUGUCCGGCUGACAAGGCCUGUGUAAACCAGAAGUGUGUCGAUCCCUGUCCCAACACUUGUGGGGAACAGGCCAUCUGCCGAGUCGUGAAUCACAGUCCUAUUUGCUCUUGUCGCGCCGGUUACAUGGGCGAUGCCUUCUUCCGCUGUUUCCCCAAGCCUCCUGAACCACCUACGCCCAUACAAAAGGCACCGAUUGAUCCCUGUGUACCCUCUCCAUGUGGUCCGUACUCUCAGUGUCGUGCCCAGGGAGAUGCUCCCGCUUGUUCCUGCUUGGUGGGUUACUUGGGAGCCUCUCCCAACUGUCGCCCCGAAUGCCGCAUCAAUGCCGAGUGUCUCAGCAGUCAGGCGUGCAUCAAUGAGAAGUGUAGAGAUCCCUGUCCCGGUUCUUGUGGCUAUGGGGCCAUUUGUAAUGUGAUUAAUCACACGCCUAGCUGCACAUGUCCAGCUGGAUAUUCCGGAGAUCCAUUUAGUCAGUGCCAACCACUGCCGCCACCGCCGCCAACACCCGUUAAGCUCGACGAUCCGUGCAACCCCUCACCCUGCGGUCCAAAUGCCCAGUGCAACAAUGGAGUCUGUACCUGCAUUCCCGAAUACCAUGGCGAUCCCUACAGUGGUUGCCGACCAGAGUGCAUCACCAGUGCGGAUUGCUCCCGUGAGCUCGCCUGUUCGCGCCACAAGUGCUUCGACCCUUGCCCCGGAACAUGUGCCCCCAAUGCCAUCUGUACUGUCCUAAACCACGUGCCCAUGUGCACUUGUCCAGAGGGUUAUAAUGGCAACGCGUUUGUGCAGUGCCAGCCUACAGCACCCCCUGUCCUUGUCCAGCCUUGUCAGCCCUCUCCAUGUGGACCCAAUUCCCAAUGCCGCGAGGUCAACCAGCAGGCCGUAUGUUCCUGUGUCCAAGGAUACUUUGGAACCCCGCCACUCUGUCGUCCGGAGUGUACAUCGAACUCGGAGUGUGUGACCCACCUGGCGUGUGUCAACCAGAGGUGCAGUGAUCCUUGUCCCGGUUCGUGUGGACGCAAUGCCCAGUGCAGUGUGGUCAACCACAACCCGUUCUGUAUUUGUCUGCCAAGGUUUACUGGCAAUCCUUUCGUGGGUUGUCAGCAGAUCAUCGAGCCACCACGUCAGGAUAUUGUGCCUCAGGAUCCUUGUCGUCCUUCACCUUGUGGUCCGAACUCUGAGUGUCGCGCUGUUGGUGAGACACCAACAUGCACCUGUCUAUCGGAAUUCGUUGGAUCACCACCAUAUUGCAAGCCCGAAUGUGUGGCCAACUCUGAAUGUCCUUCGAACCUGGCCUGUAUCAAUCAAAAGUGUCGCGAUCCCUGUCCCGGAUUGUGUGGUCAAAGUGCCACCUGCCGCGUCGUCUCCCACACAGCAAUGUGCAUUUGCGACGUUGGACUGACCGGAGAUCCCUUCACCCAAUGCCAGCCUAUUGUUCAGGAUGUGGAGAUCAUCAAUCCCUGCCAGCCAUCUCCCUGCGGCGCCAAUGCAGAGUGCAUCCAACGGAAUGGAGCCGGAGCUUGUCAGUGUCUCUCAGACUACUUUGGAAACCCCUACGAGGGAUGUCGGCCGGAGUGUGUUCUAAAUUCUGACUGCCCAUCAAACCGAGCUUGUCAGCAGCAGAAGUGCCGUGAUCCUUGCCCUGGGAGCUGUGGACAGAAUGCCGAGUGCAAUGUGGUGAACCACACACCUAUGUGCAACUGCUUCGCUGGAUAUAUUGGCGAUCCCUACCGCUAUUGUAGCCAACCGCCAGAACCUGUUGUCCAUGAGUAUGUGAACCCCUGUCAACCGUCCCCUUGUGGACCGAAUUCCAAUUGUCGCGAGGUCAACGAGCAGGCAGUAUGCUCCUGCCGUUUCGAGUUCGAGGGAGCCCCACCCAACUGCCGACCCCAGUGCACCUCAAGCUCAGAAUGCGCCCCCAACAGGGCGUGUAUCAACCAAAAGUGCGUUGAUCCCUGUCCCGGAGUAUGUGGUCGGCAGGCAAUCUGCGAGGUGCGCAACCAUAGUCCCAUUUGUAGGUGUCCCACCGGCAUGACCGGGGAUCCCUUUGUGCGCUGUUUGCCCCGACCAACAAUCCCACUACCGCCCCUAAGAGAUGUAGCUCCCUACCGCGAUCCCUGCCUGCCCUCACCCUGUGGCCUUUACUCGUCGUGCAGGAAUCAACAGGAUCAGGCCGUUUGCUCUUGCUUGCCAAACUACUUUGGCACUCCACCGCAUUGUCGUCCUGAGUGUACCAUCAAUGCCGAGUGUCCAAGCCACUUGGCCUGCAUCGGCGAACGCUGCCGUGAUCCUUGUCCCGGUGCCUGUGGUCAGCAGACCGAGUGCCGAGUCAUCAGCCAUGUUCCCAGUUGUGUUUGCCUACGAGGCUACGUGGGCGACGCCUUUGUAGCCUGCCAUCCGGCACCACCCCCACCAGCCCGUGAAGAACCCCGUGAUCCCUGCAAUCCCAGUCCCUGCGGCAGUAAUGCCAUUUGCUUCAAUCAGGGAGAGUGCACAUGUGUGGCCGACUAUCAGGGUGAUCCCUAUGUGGCGUGCCGACCCGAGUGUGUUCUCAGUUCGGAGUGUCCCCGCAAUCUGGCCUGUGUACAGCAGAAGUGUACUGAUCCUUGUCCCGGAACCUGUGGCAACAAUGCCAUCUGCGAUGUGGUCAACCACAUCGCCAUGUGUCAUUGUCCCGAUCGGAUGACUGGCAAUGCCUUUGUGCAAUGUACCUCAGUGCAAUUGGAUGUGUACCGCAAUCCUUGUAAUCCCUCGCCCUGCGGCUCCUAUGCCGUAUGUCGGGAGCAGAAUGGACAGGCUGUGUGCAGCUGUCUUCCCAACUACUUUGGGGUUCCACCUUCAUGCCGACCCGAGUGUAGCACCAACUAUGAUUGUCCCCCUAGCUUGGCGUGUCAGAAUCAGCGGUGCAUCGAUCCUUGUCCAGGAUCUUGUGGGGCCUAUGCCGAGUGUCGAACUGUCAGCCACAGUCCGUUCUGUAGUUGCAGACCCGGAUAUACCGGAAACCCCAUCGUUCAAUGCCAUUUGAUUAUUGAACCCCAGCGAGAUAUUUCGCCCCAAGAUCCCUGCCAGCCCUCACCCUGUGGACCGAACAGCGAGUGUCGCCGCUUGGGAGACACACCCUCCUGUUCCUGCCUGCCUAACUUCUUUGGAACACCACCCAACUGUCGACCCGAAUGUGUGUCCAACUCCGAGUGCAGUCAGUUGCAAGUGUGCACAAAUAACCGGUGCAGAGAUCCGUGUCCGGGUCUCUGUGGCACUGAUGCCUUGUGUCGCGUAAUCAGUCACAGUGCCAUGUGCUACUGCCAACCGGGAUACACUGGUGAUCCAUACGUCCGUUGUGAACCACAUAUUCAAAGGGAACCAGUUGAGGUGGUGCAACCAUGCAAUCCAAAUCCCUGCGGCACCUUCGCAGAGUGUCGUCAGCAGAAUGGAGUCGGUUCCUGUCAGUGUCUGCCGGAGUAUUUUGGCAAUCCCUACGAGGGAUGUCGUCCUGAGUGUGUUCUCGACUCCGAUUGUCCCUCUCAGCUGGCCUGUGUCAAUCAGAAAUGCCGCGAUCCCUGUCCUGGCAGUUGUGGCCAGAAUGCCGAAUGCUUUGUGCGUAAUCAUCUUCCCACUUGCAACUGCCUCAGUGGUUAUGUAGGAGACCCCUACCGCUAUUGCAACAUUGAACAGAAACCGGUUCGGGAAUAUGUCAAUCCCUGUCAACCUUCGCCAUGUGGUCCCAACUCCCAGUGCCGCGAGCAGAACGGUGUAGCCACCUGCUCCUGUCUGCCGGAGUUUGUUGGUCUUCCUCCGGGCUGCCGGCCUGAGUGUACAGUCUCUUCGGAGUGUAAUCUUGACAAGGCCUGCGUUCGCCACAAGUGUGUUGAUCCCUGCCCCGGUGCCUGUGGCAGUUUCGCCAAUUGCCGGGUGGUUAAUCAUGCUCCAUUGUGCUCUUGUCAAUCAGGUUACACAGGAGACCCCUUCACCCGUUGUUACCCUGUGCCCCCUCCACCUACCCAUAUUAUCCAAGAUGUAGAACGAGAUCCUUGCCAACCAUCUCCCUGUGGAGCCAAUGCUCAGUGCAGGCAAUCCCAGGGUCAGGCCAUCUGUUCCUGUUUACCCAACUACUUUGGAGCCCCACCUAAUUGUAGACCCGAGUGCACUCAGAGUUCAGAGUGUCUGUCCAGUUUGGCUUGCAUCAAUCAACGAUGCGCUGAUCCCUGUCCAGGUUCCUGCGCCUACAAUGCCAUUUGUCAUGUGCGCAAUCACGUGCCCAGCUGUCAAUGUCCAGUGGGCUAUGUGGGUGAUCCGUUCACAAACUGUCAACCUGAACCUCAGCCACCACCAAAACCCAUUGCCCUCGACGAUCCCUGCAAUCCAUCCCCCUGCGGAGCAAAUGCCCUGUGCCAGAAUGGUCAAUGUUCAUGCAUAGCCGAGUAUCAGGGAGAUCCUUAUACUGGCUGUCGUCCGGAGUGUGUCUUAAAUGCAGAUUGUUCCCGAAAUCGCGCUUGUGUGCGUCAUAAGUGUAUUGAUCCUUGUCCAGGAACUUGUGCUCCUAAUGCCAUCUGCGAUGUGAUUAAUCACAUAGCCAUGUGUCGUUGCCCAGAGCGCAUGACAGGCAAUGCCUUCAUCCAGUGUGAAACGCCACCAGUAUCACUUGCUCCUCCUGAUCCCUGCUACCCUUCGCCUUGUGGUCCAAACAGUCGCUGCCGUGUGUUUAACGACAACGCUGUGUGUUCCUGCAUUGAGGAUUUCAUCGGAACCCCACCAAACUGUCGACCAGAAUGUUCACAUAACUCGGAUUGCCUGCCUAGAUUGGCCUGCCAAAAUCAGCAUUGCAUGGAUCCAUGUCCAGGAACUUGUGGCUUUAAUGCCCUCUGUCAUGUUGUAAACCAUGCACCGAUUUGCAGUUGCCCGCCAAGGCACAAUGGAAAUCCCUUCCUGGGCUGCUUCCCAGAACCAGUGCGACGUGAUGAGAAUAUUCCAAAGAAUCCGUGCCAGCCGUCGCCAUGUGGUCCAUAUGCACAGUGCACGGCUGUGGGAGAUCAGGCGCAGUGUAUCUGCCUUGCUGAAUACAUUGGAACACCGCCCAAUUGCAGACCGGAGUGUGUGACCAAUUCAGAGUGUUCUUUCGACAAGGCCUGUUUAAAUCAAAGAUGCCGUGAUCCCUGCCCUGGAAAUUGUGGCUCCAAUGCCAACUGCCACGUUAUAAGCCAUGCUGCCAUGUGCUACUGCCUACCAGGAUAUACUGGUGACCCAUUCACAUCCUGCCGUCAAGUACCACUGAUCCAACACGAAGAAAUCAUUCAACCCUGCUCCCCCAGUCCUUGUGGAGCCAACGCUGUGUGUCGACAGGAAGGCAAUGUUGGUUCCUGUCAAUGUCUUCCGGAAUACUACGGCAAUCCCUACGAGAUUUGCCGUCCGGAGUGUGUGACAAAUAAUGAUUGCCCGGCGCACAAAUCUUGUCAGCAGAAUAAGUGUCGGGAUCCUUGUCCAGGAGUUUGUGCCCUAAAUGCUUUGUGUCGCGUUAUUAAUCACUUGCCAACUUGUCAUUGCCACAAUGGCUAUGUUGGUGACCCCUAUCGCUACUGUCAAAUUCCAGAGAAACCUGUCCUAAAAGAAUAUGUCAAUCCCUGCCAGCCCUCUCCGUGCGGCUCUAACUCGCAGUGCCGUGAAAACAACGGGCAGGCCAUCUGCUCAUGCCUUCCCGAGUAUGUGGGUGUACCACCCAAUUGCCGACCUGAGUGUGUGACCAGUGCAGAGUGUCCUCAGGACAAGGCCUGCAUUAGGCAAAAGUGUGCUGAUCCCUGCCAGGAUGUGUGUGGCUCUAAUGCCGAUUGUCGUGUUAUCCAGCAUUCCCCAAUUUGCAGUUGUCGUCCUGGUUUCACUGGCGACGCCUUCUCACGCUGCCUGCCCUUGCCACCUCCAAGACCACCGCAGUUAGACGUUUAUCGAAAUCCUUGCGUACCCUCACCUUGUGGUCAGUACGGCGAAUGCCGGGAUAACCAGGGAACUGCCACCUGCAGUUGUCUGCCCUCCUACUUUGGCACUCCACCAAACUGUCGCCCCGAGUGUACGAUCAACCCCGACUGUCCUGCCCAUCUGGCCUGCCAGCAACAGCGUUGUCGCGAUCCCUGUCCCGGAGCUUGUGGCUUCAACGCCCUCUGUUCGGUUAUCAAUCACAACCCAACAUGUCAGUGUGCCCCUGGACUCAUUGGCAACGCCUUCACAGCCUGCCAUACUCCACCUCCAGUAGUUCGGGAUCCCCCACAAAUAAGUGAUCCCUGUUCAUUGAUUACUUGUGGGCCCAAUGCAGUUUGCAACCAGGGACAAUGUAGUUGCCUUCCUGAAUUCCUGGGUAACCCGUUAGUGGGAUGUCGUCCAGAAUGUGUGCUUAGCACGGAAUGCGACUGGAACAAGGCGUGCGUGAGAAACAAGUGCGUCGAUUCUUGUCCUGGAAGAUGCGGAUCCAAUGCCAUCUGUGAGGUGCACAGACACGUAGCCAUGUGCCACUGUCCCCCGGGAAUGACUGGAAAUGCCUUCAGCCAAUGCCGACCCUUGCCCCCAGCUCCAGUACGCGAUGUCGUUGAUCCCUGUCAGCCUUCGCCAUGUGGUCCAAAUGCCCAGUGUCGCAAUGUUAAUGGACAAGCAGUGUGCUCGUGCCUUAGCGAUUUCGUUGGAGUCCCACCUUCAUGUCGACCAGAGUGUGUUAGCAAUGCGGAGUGUCCGCUACACUUGGCCUGUCUCCAACAACAUUGCCGAGAUCCCUGUCCCGGAACUUGUGGCCUGAAUGCCGAAUGCCGUGUGAUCAAUCACAAUCCGAACUGCCAUUGUAUUGGAUCCUUCACGGGAAAUCCAUACGUGGCCUGUCACCGUCAACCACCGCCCCCUGUCAGAGAGGACCCAAUCGAUCCUUGCCAACCAUCGCCUUGUGGAGCUAAUGCGGAAUGUCGUGUCCAGGGAAACAAUGCCCAAUGCAGUUGUUUGGCUGAAUUCAUUGGUACACCACCCAACUGCAGACCCGAGUGUGUUUCUAACUCGGAGUGUCCCACGAAUUUGGCCUGCCUCAAUCAGAAGUGCGGCGAUCCCUGUCCAGGUUUCUGUGGCUCGAACGCUGAGUGCUAUGUGAUUAAUCAUACACCCACCUGCCACUGUAUUGCUGGACAAACUGGAAACCCCUACGUGGGAUGCCAAGUGGUUAGAGAUGAUCCCGCCCCGCUUACACCGUGUGUUCCCAGUCCUUGUGGAGCCAAUGCUCUUUGUACGGAGAGGAAUGGAGCUGGAGCCUGUCAGUGCCUGCCGGAAUUCUAUGGCAAUCCUUACGAGGGUUGCCGGCCGGAGUGCGUUCUCAACUCUGACUGUCCCAGUCACCUGGCUUGUCUCAAUCAACACUGCCGGGAUCCCUGUCCCGGAACCUGUGGUCCAAAUGCUCAAUGUCAGGUGCGCGAGCAUCUGCCGCAAUGCAACUGCCUUGUGGGCUACCAGGGAAAUCCCUACGUGUACUGUAGUGUCCUACGUGAUCCCCUGCCUGAACCAAUUCCCUCCCGCCCCUGUCAACCCUCGCCUUGCGGUCCCAACUCGCAGUGUAGAGAGUCGAACAACCAGGCCAUUUGCAAGUGCCUGCCGGACUUCAUUGGAUCCCCACCUGCCUGUAGGCCCGAGUGUACCAUCUCCAGCGAGUGUGAUUUGACGCUGGCGUGUGUCCAACAACAUUGUGUCGAUCCCUGUCCAGGUGUUUGCGGCAACAGUGCCCAGUGUCGGGUGAUUAAUCACAGUCCGCACUGUAGUUGCCUGCCUGGUUUUACGGGUGACGCCAUUAGUGGCUGCCAGCGCAUACCACCCGCAAUUAGCUACGAUCCCCCCAAAGAAACUUUCCGUGAUCCCUGUGUUCCCUCUCCCUGUGGAGCCUAUGGGCAAUGCCUUGCUCAAGGCAACCAGGCUGUGUGCUCAUGCCUUCCUGGCUACUUUGGAGCACCACCCAAUUGCCAGCCUGAGUGUGUGAUUAAUCCGGACUGCGCCUCCCAUUUGGCAUGUAUCAGUGAAAAGUGUCGUGAUCCGUGCCCCGGUUCUUGUGGACUCCAGGCUCAGUGUAACGUCAUCAACCACACGCCCAUCUGCAGUUGUCCAUCUGGUUAUCAGGGCAAUCCCUUCAUCAGCUGCAAACGAGUUCCCCCACCACCAACUCCAAUGCUGCGCGAUGAAUGUAAUCCCUCGCCUUGUGGCUCCAAUGCAAUCUGUAGACCUGGUGGACAGUGCUCUUGCCUGCCAGACUUCGAUGGCAAUCCCUAUGUGGGCUGUCGCCCGGAGUGCGUCCUCAACACCGACUGUGCGAGAGACAAGGCCUGCCAGCGCAGCAAGUGCAUAGAUCCUUGUCCAGGAUCAUGUGGAGUUGGAGCAACUUGCGAGGUGCGCAACCACAUUCCAACAUGUAGCUGUCCACCCGGAACUUCGGGCAACGCUUUCGUCCAGUGUACCCUUGUACAAUCUUCACCCGUGGUGCCCUUGAACCCUUGUCAACCAUCGCCGUGUGGAAACAAUGCCCAAUGCCGAGAGGUCAACGACCAGGCCGUUUGCUCUUGCCUGCCUGGCUACUUUGGUGUUCCACCAAAGUGUCGCCCUGAGUGCACCAUUAACUCGGACAGUGCUCCACAUCUGGCCUGCGUGAACCAACAGUGCCGGGAUCCUUGUCCUGGGGCUUGUGGGCAGUUUGCCCAUUGCCAGGUCAUUCAACAUGUGCCGCACUGUAGUUGCCCUCAAGGUUACUCAGGCAACGCCUUCUUCCUGUGCCAGCGUAUACCGCCACCACCACCAAUCCAAAGGGAACCUGUCAAUCCGUGCUAUCCAUCACCAUGUGGAGCCAAUGCAGAGUGCACUAAUCAAAAUGAUCAGGCAGUUUGCAAGUGUCUGAAAGAUUACGUAGGAACACCCCCCAACUGUCGACCGGAGUGCAUUACAUCAUCGGAGUGUCCAAAUAACUUAGCUUGCAUAGCUCAGAAAUGCAAGGAUCCUUGUCCUGGUCUUUGUGGAAACGCAGCCAGCUGUCAAGUGAUCAGCCAUGUGCCCUCGUGCAUCUGCAUUGGGGAUUAUAUUGGUGAUCCGUACUCUGGAUGCUACCCCCGGCCUCAGCUUGAGCGCGACCAAAUCAAUCCCUGCUCCCAGAACCCGUGCGGAAGCAAUGCCGUGUGCAGGGAACGUGGAGGAGCCGGUUCAUGUCAGUGUCUACCGGAAUAUUACGGCAACCCCUACGAAGGAUGUCGACCCGAAUGCGUAAUCAACUCGGAUUGUUCGAGCCACUUGGCUUGUUUGAAUCAACACUGCCGCGAUCCUUGUCCAGGAACCUGUGCCCCCAAUGCCCAAUGUCAAGUGGUUAAUCACGUUCCCAGCUGUAGUUGCUAUCCCGGAUACAACGGUGAUCCUUAUCGCCAUUGUCGCGUGGUCCAGGCGGAACCCGUCGAAGUUGUCCAUUUUGAUCCCUGCCAGCCCUCGCCAUGUGGUCCCAACUCUCAAUGCACUGAAUCCCAAGGUCAGGCAGUGUGUCGCUGCCUGCCCGAUUACUUUGGUACCCCACCUGCAUGUCGACCCGAGUGCACUACUAAUCCCGAAUGUCCCAAUGACAGAGCUUGUGUGGCCAGAAGAUGUUCCGACCCUUGUGCGGGUGCUUGUGGUCUGAAUGCGAUUUGUCGAGCGCACCAGCAUAGAGCCCAUUGCUCUUGUCAUCCUGGUUACGCAGGUGAUGCCUAUUCGCGCUGCCUGCCCCUACCUCCUCCCCAACCUGCUAGGGACUCACCCAUAACCCCCAGAGACCCCUGCGUGCCCUCGCCAUGUGGACAGUUUACCCAGUGUAGAGUGGAGUACGGACAAGCCGUGUGCUCUUGCCUAUCCUCCUACUAUGGAACUCCUCCCUUCUGCCGUCCCGAGUGCACCCAGAACUUAGAUUGUCCCAGUCAUAGGGCUUGUGUCAAUCAACGAUGUGUGGAUCCCUGCCCCGGGGCUUGUGGUCUAUACUCCCAGUGUGAUGUGUUUAAUCAUGUGCCCAGCUGUUCGUGCCCCAGUGGUUUUGUGGGUGACCCCUACUACCGCUGUUAUCCCGCGCCAGUACCUUCUCCAACUCCAGUCGCCCCUGCCAUAGCGGAUGAUCCUUGUCACCCCUCGCCCUGCGGUCCCAAUGCCCAGUGUUCGAACGGUGUCUGUAGUUGUCUGGCCCUGUACCAGGGUGAUCCCUACGUGGGUUGUCGCCCGGAGUGCGUCUUAAGUACUGAAUGUCCCUCGGAUAAGGCUUGCAUCCGUAAUCGUUGCCUCGACCCGUGUCCAGGAACUUGCGGAUCGGGAGCCUCGUGCCAGGUACAUAAUCAUGCGGCCAUGUGCCAGUGUCCGGUUGGCUAUCUAGGCAAUCCGUAUGUGCUGUGCCAGCAGACGUCGCUGCAGUCGCCAGUGGUGCUUCAUCCUUGCCAGCCUUCGCCUUGUGGCCCACAUGGACAUUGCAGGGAAGUGGGCUCGCAAGCGAUUUGCACCUGUUUGCCUGGAUAUUAUGGAAACCCUCCAGCCUGUCGACCAGAAUGUGUCAGUGAUCCAGAGUGUCCACCAAGCUUGGCUUGUGUGAAUCACAAGUGCAGCGAUCCCUGUCCUGGUGCUUGUGGUUACCUGGCUCAGUGUCAUGUAAUUAACCACAGUCCACAGUGUGUUUGCCCUGCUGGAUACACUGGAAGUCCUUACUCCCAGUGCCAGUUGAUUAGAGAAUAUUACACACCAGUGCAGCGAGAGCCUAUUGAUCCUUGCUCGUCAUCUCCCUGUGGUCCUCAUGCCCAAUGUAGCAAUGAGGGAGACAAUGCGGUUUGUCGCUGCCUGCCGGAAUACUUGGGAGUACCACCCUACUGUCGACCGGAGUGCAUUGCCAACAGUGAGUGUCCCAGCGACAGGGCCUGCAUAAACCAGAAGUGCCAGGAUCCAUGUCCCGGCCUAUGUGGAUACAACGCCAUAUGUCGAACCUACAACCAUCAGCCAAACUGUGUUUGUGCUCCUGGAUUAGUGGGUAAUCCGUUUAGCUCCUGUCUGCCGCCCACUCGCCCUCAUGUCUCACCUUCUCCUCCAACAACUGCGAUACAGGUGCUUCAGUAUGAGGAACCGCUCAUCAAUGGCUGUGAACCAAGCCCUUGUGGAACAAACGCUCAAUGCAAUCAGCGGAGGGGAGUAGUCUCCUGCGUAUGCCUUCCCGACUUCUUCGGUAAUCCUUACGAGGCCUGCCGACCGGAGUGCAUUUUGAACUCCGAUUGUCCUUCGAACAGAGCUUGUGUUCAGCAAAAAUGUCGAGAUCCGUGUCCUGGCACUUGUGGCCUGAAUGCCGAGUGCUAUGUCCUAGAUCACCUGCCGCGGUGCAGGUGUUUUAGUGGUUACACAGGAAAUCCCUCGUCGUACUGCGCACCUGUACCAAUUGUCCAACAAUCUCCCUUGACUCCCUGUAAUCCCUCGCCAUGCGGAUCCAAUGCUCAGUGUCAACCCUCAAAUAAUGAAGCAGUGUGCUCCUGCUUACCCGAAUUCUAUGACAUCCCCCCCAACUGUCGUCCCGAGUGUACACUUAACUCAGAAUGUUCCUAUGAUAAGGCUUGCGUGAAUCACAAGUGCGUCGAUCCGUGUCCCGGAAUUUGCGGUAUUAAUGCCGAGUGUCGUGUACACUAUCACAGCCCCAUAUGUUACUGCAUCACUUCGCACACGGGUGAUCCAUUCACGCGUUGCUACGAGUCCCCAAAAACUGUGCGACCUCAGAUAUAUGACACACCCUCACCUCCCUAUCCGGUUGCUAUACCCGAUCUGGUUUACAUACAACAACAACAGCCCGGAAUAUUAAAUAUUCCCUCUGUUCCUCAGCCUGGAUACCCCCAAACUCAACCACCACAUUACAAUGUAAACUCUCCAAAACCACAACCGUCGAGUCCCCAACAACCUGGAGUUGUAAACAUACCAUCACAGCCAGUCUACCCAUCACCGCAACCAACGGUUUAUAAUGUCAACUACCCCUCAACGACUUAUCCAGUUCCUCAACAACCCGGUACCCUGAACAUUCCUUCCGUACAUUAUCCGGCUCCUCCGACAUCUCAGAGACCCGUGUUUCUACCAUCACCUGCGAACCCAUCACCUCCACCACAGCCUGGAGUUAUUAACAUUCCUUCAGUGCCACAACCUGGAUAUUCUACACCACAGACUUCAGUUUAUGACGUAAACUAUCCAACUACACCAAGUCCGGUUUCCCAACAACCAGGCGUGGUUAAUAUACCAUCUGCACCACAACCAGCUUAUCCUUCUCCGAAACCACCGGUCUACGAUGUGAACUAUGCCACGUCACCGCCUCCUCAGAUACCAGUACAGCCUGGCGUAAUCAAUAUACCCUCUGUGCCGCAACCGACACCUCCCUCGCAACAACCUCCCGUUUAUACACCAUCAGCUGAGCAUCCCGCACCAGCUCCAAAGCCAGGAGUAAUUAAUAUUCCCUCUGUACCGCAACCAACAUACCCAACACCACAGCCUCCUGUUUAUGAUGUCAACUAUCCAACGGCAUCACUUCCCACUCCUCACCAACCUGGAGUGAUAAAUAUUCCCUCGCCACCUAAACCAGUGCAUCCUUCAACCAAUUCACCAGUUACUACGCCUUCAACACCACAACAACCUGGAGUUUUAAAUAUCCCAUCGUAUCCGCAGCCAGUGCCACCUUCUCAUCAACCUCCCAUAUUUAUACCAUCCCAGGAAGCACCGAGACCUUCUACACAGCCGGGAAUUAUCAAUAUUCCUUCGGUACCGCAACCUGUUUACCCAACACCACAGGCUCCGGUUUACGACGUAAACUAUCCAACACAACACCCUGUGAUUGCACCGCAACCUGGAGUAAUUAAUAUUCCAUCGUCGCCACAGCCAGUGCCUCCGGUUUCUCAACGUCCCGUCUUUAUACCAUCACCUAUAAAUACGACACCUGCUCCACAACCAGGAGUUAUAAACAUACCCUCAGUGGCACAUCCAGUGCAUCCAACGUACCAACCUCCGGUUGUACAGCGACCGGCCAUUUACGAUGUGUAUUAUCCACCACCUCCGGCACGACCGGGAGUGAUCAAUAUUCCUUCUGCGCCACGGCCUAUAUAUCCCGUGCCCCAGCAACCGAUCUACGUACCAGCUCCAGUUCUAAAUAUUCCGGCCCCAAGACCAGUCAUACACAACAUUCCCUCGGUACCGCAACCAACGUAUCCAUAUCAGAAUCCACCUAUUCAGGACAUCAGUUAUCCAGCUCCGCAACCAUCUCCGCCAGUACCAGGAAUAAUAAAUAUACCUUCGGUGCCACAACCUGUGGCAGUACCCACUCCAGGUGUUAUAAAUAUUCCCUCGCAACCCUCUCCACCGAUCUCGGUACCGGCACCAGGAAUUGUUAACAUUCCAUCGGUACCACAACCUGCGUAUCCAACUCCGAAUCCACCUGUUUACGAUGUCAACUAUCCAACUCCACAACCCACUCCUCCAGCACCAGGAAUUGUCAAUAUUCCCUCGGUGCCUCAACCCACUCCAGUACCCACUCCUGGUGUUAUAAAUAUUCCCUCGCAACCAUCUCCACCGAUCUCGGUACCGACACCAGGAAUUGUUAACAUUCCAUCGGUACCACAACCUGCGUAUCCAACUCCGAAUCCACCUGUUUACGAUGUCAACUAUCCAACUCCACAACCCACUCCUCCAGCACCAGGAAUAGUCAAUAUUCCCUCGGUGCCUCAACCCACUCCAGUACCCACUCCUGGUGUUAUAAAUAUUCCCUCGCAACCAUCUCCACCGAUCUCGGUACCGACACCAGGAAUUGUUAACAUUCCAUCGGUUCCACAACCUACGUAUCCAACUCCGAAUCCUCCUGUUUACGAUGUAAACUAUCCAACUCCAAAACCCACUGCUUCAGCACCAGGAAUUGUCAAUAUUCCAACGGUGCCUCAACCAGUGCCAUCUCCCACUCCUGGCGUGAUAAAUAUACCAUCACAACCUUCCCCUCCGAUCUCAGAACCAACUUCAGGAAUUGUAAAUAUUCCCUCUAUUCCACAACCGACGCCUCAGCCUACUCCUCCGACUCCUGGAAUUAUAAAUAUUCCUUCUGUACCUCAGCCGGUACCGUCACACACCCCUGGCGUGAUAAAUAUACCAUCACAACCUUCUCCUCCGGUCUCGGUACCGACACCGGGUAUUGUGAAUAUUCCAUCUGUUCCACAACCGACGUAUCCACCUUCAAAUCCACCCGUUUACGAUGUCAACUAUCCAACGUCCCAACCAACUCCUCCAGCACCAGGAAUUAUUAAUAUUCCUUCUGUGCCCCAGCCGGCGCCAUCACCUACUCCUGGCGUUAUAAAUAUACCUUCGCAACCGUCACCACCAACUUCAGUGCAACAGCCAGGAGUAAUAAGCAUUCCAUCGCUACCCCAACCCACAACUUCAACCACUCAACAUCCGAUACAUAAUGUCCAAUAUGAGACCCAGAAACCACAACCUAUCCCUGGAGUGGUCAACAUACCCUCAGUUCCACAACCGCCGUAUCCAACUCAAAGGCCAUCCUACCAGGAUAUUAGUUACCCAACAUCACAGCCAAGUCCUCCGGUACCUGGAAUCAUAAAUAUUCCCUCGGUUCCCCAGCCUGUGCCCUCAUCAACUCCUGGAGUGAUCAAUGUACCCUCACAACCAUCCCAACCGGUACCAGCACCAACGCCUGGAAUUAUCAAUAUUCCCUCGGCACCACAGCCUAUACCAAAUCCUGUGCACGAGGUCCACUACGACACUCAGAGACCGCAACCUGUUCCUGGAGUGGUCAAAGUUCCAGCUCGACCCAACUACGAUGUGGCCAGACCAGAUUUCGAGUUCAACCCGUGCUAUCCAUCGCCGUGCGGACCUUACUCGCAUUGUCACAAUCGAUUUGGUGUGGCUGCCUGCGUUUGUCUGCCAAACUACAGAGGAACUCCACCCAAUUGUCGACCGGAAUGCGUCAUCAACUCCGAUUGUCCAUCCAACUUGGCUUGCAUCAACGAACAGUGUCGAGAUCCUUGCCCAGGAUCUUGUGCCUACAAUGCCUUAUGUCGUGUACACGAACACGAGCCAAAUUGCUUCUGUCGACAUGGUUACACCGGAGAUCCGUAUGUUUCCUGUCAACCCACACCCAUAGCCCCAGAGGUUCAACGUGAGCCCGUCGAGGCGAAGGAUCCGUGUUAUCCAUCAAUCUGCGGGCCAAACGCCGUUUGCAAUAACGGAAAGUGCAGCUGCAUACCGGAAUAUAGAGGAGAUCCCUAUGUUGGCUGUCGACCAGAAUGCGUUCUUAAUACGGACUGUGCGAAGGAUAAGGCUUGUAUCGGCCAGAAGUGCCAGGAUCCUUGUCCAGGAACUUGCGGACUCAAUGCCUUGUGUCAUGUGUACUACCAUGUGGCCACCUGCACUUGUCCGGAGGAAAUGCAAGGAAAUGCCUAUGUGAGAUGUGAUCCGACUCCCAAGCGCGAUCCUCCUGUCCCACCAGCAUCACCCACGACUUUGCCGGCCCUGGUGCCCCAACGUGCUCCGAUCGAUCCCUGCCGGAACUCACCUUGUGGGCCCAAUGCCCAGUGCCGAGCCUACUAUGAAACGGCUAUUUGCUAUUGCUUACCUGAUUUUGUUGGAACUCCACCCAACUGUCGUCCAGAGUGUACCUCGAACUCGGACUGUCCCCUUGACAAAUACUGUCUGAAUCUCAGGUGUCGCGAUCCGUGUCCAGGGGCUUGUGGCUUCCGUGCCAUUUGCCAUGUCCAGAACCACGGUCCACGGUGCGUGUGUCCACCCCACUUGACGGGUGAUCCGCACGUGUCUUGCCAAAACAUAGGUAUACCGAAAAUAACGACCAUACCAAAUGAACCCGAAGCUAAUAUUACUUUUUUAGUUGUUCCCCCUGUAGAACGCGACGUAGUGAAUCCCUGCCAGCCCUCGACCUGCGGCCCCUACUCCGAGUGCCAAGUCACUGCGGGUGGAGCUCGUUGCUCCUGCCUGCCCCAGUACUUCGGCACCCCACCCUUCUGUCGUCCAGAGUGCGUUAACAGCGCCGAUUGUCCGGCGGAUAAGGCGUGCCGGAAUUACAAAUGCAUUGAUCCCUGCCCCGGCAGCUGUGGUCUCUCGGCUCUCUGUCGUGUUGUGGCACAUAGCCCCGUGUGCUACUGUCCCGAAGGUUAUGUGGGCAAUGCUUAUAGCAUCUGCACCCGACCAGAACCAAGUCCACCUGCCGUGAGAGUCCUUCCCUGCCAUCCCAGUCCAUGUGGAGUCAAUGCUUUCUGUCAACCCCACUUCGACUUUAGCCUUUGCCAGUGUCUGCCGGGCUACUAUGGCAAUCCUUCCGAGAUCUGCCGACCCGAAUGCACUGUCAACUCGGAUUGUCCAAGUCACAGGGCUUGCAUGAGCGAGAAGUGUGGCGACCCCUGUCCCGGGGUUUGUGGCAUCAAUGCCCUCUGUCAGGUCAUCAACCACAACCCGGUGUGUGAAUGCCACCCAGGUCAUGUGGGCAAUCCCUACCGCAGCUGUCACCUUCCUCAGCGAGAACCCCCCACACCGGAAUAUGUGAACCCCUGUCAGCCGUCUCCUUGUGGGGCCAAUUCCCAGUGUCGCGAGUCCCAGGGUCAGGCCAUCUGCUCCUGCCUGCCGGAGUUCGUGGGUACUCCACCCUCCUGUCGGCCCGAGUGUGUGAUCAGCGCCGAGUGUCCAGCGGACAAGGCAUGCAUCAACCAGAAGUGCCAGGACCCAUGUCCCGGAGCUUGUGGCUUGAAUGCCCAGUGCCAUGUGCGUAACCACAGUCCGCUGUGCUCGUGUCAGCCCGGAUUCAACGGAGAUGCUCUGACCCGCUGUCUGCCAGUGCCACCACCACAACCACCCAAAUCGAAUGACAUCCGCGAUCCUUGCGUGCCAACUCCCUGUGGACCCUACUCACAGUGUCGCGUGGUUAAUGGUGGAGCCAGUUGCAGUUGCCUGCCGAACUAUGUAGGAGCUGCGCCGUACUGCCGUCCAGAAUGCACCAUCAACGCGGAGUGUCCCAGCAAUUUGGCCUGCAUCAACGAGAAGUGCCGUGAUCCAUGUCCUGGAUCCUGUGGCUUUGAAGCCCAGUGCAAUGUCAUCAAUCACACGCCUAAUUGCUUCUGUCCCGCUGGUUACACGGGAGAUCCGUUCACCAGUUGCCGAUUGCUGCCACCGCCUCCACCUCCAAAGACUCCCUCCGAUCCUUGCCAGCCCUCGCCAUGCGGAGCCAAUGCUGUGUGCAAUAAUGGUCAGUGCUCUUGCCUGCCUGAGUACCAGGGUGAUCCCUACACCGGAUGCCGUCCGGAGUGCGUUCUGAACUCGGAUUGUGCCAGGAAUAGGGCUUGUGUGAACCAGAAGUGCGUGGAUCCUUGUCCAGGACACUGUGGCAUCAAUGCCCUCUGCGAUGCCGUCAACCACAUUGCCAUGUGUCACUGCCCCGAGCGGAUGACGGGCAAUGCGUUUGUGUCCUGCCAGCCAAUACGGGAUGAGCCACCGCAACCCACUCCCAAUCCCUGCCAGCCCUCGCCGUGCGGAGCAAAUUCACAGUGCCUGGAGAGGAAUGGCAACGCCAUCUGCUCCUGCCUGGCGGGAUACUUUGGACAGCCGCCCAACUGCCAACUGGAGUGCUACUCCAGCUCCGACUGCUCCCAGGUGCACAGCUGCAUCAACAACAAGUGCGUGGACCCUUGUCCUGGAAAAUGUGGCCUGAAUGCCGUGUGCCAGGCUAUCCAGCAUAGAGCCCAUUGCGAGUGCAUCCCGAGAUACACUGGAAAUGCCUACGUUAUGUGCAAUCCCAUUCCCGUGCCCAGGAUACCCGAACCAGUUCGCGAUCCUUGUCGACCCUCCCCUUGUGGUUCCAACUCCCAAUGCACCAACGUGAAUGGUCAGGCGGAGUGCCGCUGCCUGCCGGAGUUCCAAGGAACGCCGCCAAACUGCCGGCCCGAGUGCGUCAGUCACGAUGAGUGCGCCAAUCACCUGGCCUGCAUGAAUCAGAAGUGUGGCGAUCCCUGUCCCGGAAGCUGUGGCCAGAGUGCUCAAUGCACGGUCAGUCUUCACAUACCCAACUGUCUGUGCCCUGCGGGCAUGACUGGUGAUCCAUUCCGGAUUUGCCUGCCCAAGCCGCGUGACGAACCCAAGCCCCCGCCGACUCCCAAGAAUCCCUGCUACCCGUCUCCGUGUGGAACCAACGCCGUUUGCCGCGUCCAAGGAGAGAACUACGUUUGCGAGUGCAGCCAACUGGAGUACAUUGGCAAUCCCUAUGAGGGAUGUCGUCCCGAAUGCGUGGGCAACUCCGAGUGUCCAGCCAAUCAGGCUUGCAUCCGCAGCAAGUGCCAGGAUCCUUGUCCGGGAGUGUGUGGCCUGGAGGCCAUUUGCACCAUGAACAACCACAUACCGGUCUGCUCCUGCCCACCGGGCUACACGGGCAAUGCAUUUGCCCAGUGUACCCGUCAGUUGACACCACCUCCUCCAUCGGAUCCUUGCUAUCCCUCGCCUUGUGGACCCAAUUCCCUUUGCCGAGUGCAGAACGAGAAGGCCGUGUGCGAGUGCCUGCCCGGAUUCUUCGGUAAUCCGCAGGCCCAGGGCUGUCGCCCGGAGUGCACCCUCAGCUCGGACUGUGCCAAGGAUCGAGCGUGCAUCAACUCCAAGUGUGUGGAUGCCUGCGUGGGAGAGUGUGGAUUCGGAGCCGUUUGCCAGACGAUCAACCACAGCCCCGUGUGCAGUUGUCCCGCCAACAUGGUGGGCAAUCCCUUCGUCCAGUGCGAGGAACCACGCCAAGCGGAGCCCAUCGAUCCCUGCAAUCCUUCGCCGUGCCGCAGCAAUGGAAUCUGUCGCGUCUACAACGGAGCUGCCACGUGCAGUUAUCCGGAGUGCGUGAUCAACGAGGAUUGCUCAAGGGAUAGGGCUUGCGUGAGCCAAAAGUGCCGUGACCCAUGCCUGAAUGCCUGCGGCAUCAAUGCCAUCUGUCGGGCCAUCAACCACAAGGCUGUCUGCAGCUGUCCACCGGAGUUCUAUGGUUCCCCGUAUGCCCAAUGUCUAAGACAGAUCCCAGAGCCGUUGCCCAAGCCUGAGUGCGUGAGCGAUGGCGAUUGCACCAAUGACAAGGCCUGCAUCAACCAGGUUUGCCGCAAUCCCUGCGAGCAAUCGAACCUCUGCGCCCAACAGGCACGCUGCCAUGUCCAGCUCCACAGGCCUCUGUGCGUCUGCAAUGAGGGAUAUACCGGAAACGCCCAGCAGAAUUGCUUCCUUCUGGGAUGUCGAUCGGAUGGAGAGUGUGCCGCCAAUGAGGCUUGUAUUAAUCAGCAGUGCGUGGAUCCCUGUAGCUUCACACAGUGCGGAACAGGAGCCAUCUGCCGAGCGGACUUCAACCACCGAGCUAGGUGUCAUUGCCCGGAUGGAUACCGCGGCAAUCCUCUGGUGCGCUGCGAACGUCCAGAGUGUCGCUCCGAUGACGAGUGUGCCUUCCACCUGGCCUGCCGCAACGAACGCUGCGAGGAUCCCUGCAACUGUGGCCUUGGAGCCCAGUGCCGCGUUGAGAACCACCGUGCCCAGUGCCGUUGCCCAGCUGGUUUCAGUGGAAACCCGGCCGUGCGAUGCGACCUGGUGCCAACGCAACCGGAGGGCUGCACUAUGGAUGCCGAGUGUCCCAGCAAACUGGCCUGCUUUGGCGGCGAGUGCAAGAACCCGUGCGAUGUGACGCAUCCGUGUGGCGCCAAUGCCAUCUGCGAGGUGGUGGACACCCUACCGCUCCGCACCAUGAUGUGCAGCUGCCUACCUGGCUUUGUGGGUGAGGCCGACAUUGGAUGUCACAAAGAACCCCCGCGAGAUCAGGGCUGCACGUCGCAUGAUCAGUGCCAGGAUACGGAAGCCUGCCGUGGCGGAAACUGCGUCAAUCCCUGUCUGGAUAACUCGCCUUGUGCCCGUACUGCCCAGUGCUUGGCCCAGCAGCACCGUGCCAUUUGCAGCUGUCCUGAGAGAACCCAGGGAGAUCCAUUCACCAACUGCUACGAGCCACCUGAAAUCAAGACAGGAUGCACCCACGAUUCGGAGUGCCCGCCGACCACGGCCUGCAUCAACAAACGCUGCGAGAAUCCUUGUGCCGAGGCCAAUCCUUGCGCCGGAAAUGCCGAGUGCCGCGUGCAGAACUCCCGACCAAUCUGCUUCUGUCCAGCUGGCUGGGGUGGUGACCCACAAGUCCAGUGCUACAAACCCGAGUGCAAGAUCAAUGCCGACUGUCCUUAUGACAAGACCUGCUUGAACGAGAACUGCGUGGACCCGUGCACCCACGGCCAGGUGCGCUGCGGCAGUGGAGCCCAGUGCCUGGCCCAGAACCACCAGGCUGUGUGCAUCUGUCCAUCCGGAACUCAGGGCAAUCCCUUCAUCUCCUGCAUCACGGGACACUGUCAGUACAACGAGGAUUGUGCGGACCACGAAGCCUGCGAUCGUCUGAAUCGCGUGUGCCGACCGGUUUGUGACCAGGAGACCUGCGCCCUGAACGCCAUCUGUGUGGGUCGUCGCCAUCAGCCGCAGUGCGAGUGCCGACCCGGUUACCAGGGCAAUCCGCAUGUCCAGUGCGAUAUACCAGUGAAGACGCCCAAGCCUCAGUGCACACAGGAUGCCGACUGUCCAUCGAAACUGGCCUGCAUCAAUGAGCGUUGCGCAGAUCCCUGUGCCACGCCUCAUGUUUGCACUCCGCAACAGACGUGCACGGUUCUGGAUACCCUUCCCAAGCGCGCCAUGGCCUGCAAGUGUCCCGGUGACACGGUGACGGAUGUCUCCCGCAACUGUGUGCCCAUCACUGUGCCCAAGGUGAUCACCGGCUGUCAGCACAACUCCGAGUGCGCCAAUCCCGAGGUCUGCUCGAAUGGAAACUGCCUGGAUGCCUGCCGUCUGGAAAGGUGUGGUGUUAACGCUCAGUGUACCGCCAGGGAUCACUAUGCCCAGUGCACUUGCCCGAAGGGCUUCCAAGGCAACCCCCGCAUCGAGUGCUAUACCACGGAGGUGGACAGACCAAGGAUCCCCAAUCCUGGCUGCUCUCGCAACGAUGAUUGCCCCAGUGAUCAGAUCUGUCGCAACGAGAUCUGCGUGAGUCCAUGUGACUCGGAUGCCUGUGGAAUCGGCGCCUACUGCCAUGUGCAGCAGCGCAAGGCCAUCUGCCGCUGUCCACCUGGCUAUGCCGGCAACCCACAGGAACGCUGCCUGCCACCAUCCGAUGUGAUCCUGGUUGGCUGCAAGUCCAGCACCGAGUGCCCGUUGAACGAGGCCUGCAUCAACACCCAGUGCGCCAGUCCUUGCAACUGCGGACCGAAUGCCGAGUGCACGGUGAAGAACCACCAUCCGAUCUGCUACUGCAAGCCAGGAUUCUCCGGAAAUGCCCAGUUUGGAUGCGCACCCAUUGGCUGCCAGUCGGAUGACGAGUGCAGCGGUGACAAGCAGUGCGUGAACCGCGAGUGCAUCAAUCCCUGCCUGGCCAGCGAUCCGUGUGCCCUGAAUGCCGAGUGCUUUGGACGCAACCAUCGCGCCAAUUGCCGCUGUCCCGUGGGAUUGGAGGGUGAUCCGUUUGUGCGCUGUCUGCGCCUGGAAUGCCACUCGGACUACGACUGCGCCUCAAACCUGGCCUGUGUGUCCAACGAAUGUGUAAGCCCAUGUGGCCAGAGGAAUCCAUGCGCCCAGAAUGCCAUCUGCCAGGCCCUGCAGCAUCGCGCUGUCUGCCGCUGUCCGGAUCAAUUGCCCUUGGGCAACCCGUACGGCUAUUGUGAGGCCAGACGAGUGGAGCCAGUGUGUCGGGAUGAUGGAGAUUGCCCCAGCAAGCUGGCCUGCAUCGAUGACAAGUGCCAGAACCCGUGCACAGAGCUCUCCCCGUGCCACCAGACCGCCCAGUGCAGUGUGCUGGACAGCGUUCCGGUGAGAACCAUGGUGUGUGAGUGCGCCGAGUACGAGGUGCCCGAUGCCAGUGGAGCGUGCCGCAAGAUGGUGCCGCCCAGACAGCCAGGAUGCGACAGCGACCAGGACUGCCCCGACCAAGAGGCCUGCAUCCAUGCCCAGUGCCGCAACCCAUGCAACUGUGGAACCAACGCCGUCUGCCAGGUGACCCAACAUCGCGCCGUGUGCAGCUGCCAGGACGGAUUCGAGGGUAAUCCCUAUGCCGCCUGUCGCUCCAUUGGAUGCCGCGUCGACGGUGAGUGCGACUCGGGCAAGGCCUGCAUCAACGGUGACUGCAUCAACCCGUGCCUGAUCAACGAUCCCUGUGGACCCAAUGCCGAGUGCUAUGUGCAAUCGAACCGUGCCCAGUGCCGCUGCCUGAGUGGCUACCGUGGUAAUCCUUACGAGCGUUGUCGCGUCAUCGGCUGCAGCAGCAACAACGACUGUCCCACGGACAAGACCUGCCAGAACGAGCAGUGUGUGAAUCCCUGCAUCUACCACAACCCCUGUGCCCCGCGAGCGGAGUGCAGGGCCCAGAACCACCUGGCCGUGUGCCGUUGCCCCGCCGAAUUCCUGGGCAAUCCCUACGUGGACUGCCGACCGCCUCCUCAACCUAUCUGCCAGUUGGAUACCGAUUGUCCUGGCCGCCAGGCCUGCAUCAACGAACAGUGUGUGAAUCCUUGUACUGUUUUGGAACCGUGUCAGCGACCUGCUCUCUGUGAGGUGACCCCCACAUCGCCAGUGCGCACGAUGCUCUGCAUCUGCCCGGAUGGCUAUGUCAGCCAAGGCAAGGGAGGAUGCAAGCCCACGCAGGGUGUCAGGGAUGUUGGAGGCUGUAUCUCGGACUCGGACUGUCCGGCGGAUAAGUCCUGCCUGAACAGCGUCUGCCGAGAUCCCUGCAACUGCGGCUUGAAUGCCGAGUGCCGCAUCAAGGAUCACAAGCCCGUAUGCACGUGUCGUCAAGGAUUCGAGGGCAACCCAGAGUUCGAGUGCGCCAAGAUCGAGUGCAGCAUCAAUUCGGAUUGUCCGGGAACUCACAAGUGCCGCAAUCAGCUGUGCAUCCCUGCCUGCCAGGGUGAGCAGUGUGGAAGCAAUGCCCAGUGCUUGGCCAUUGAGCAUCGUGCGGUCUGCGAGUGCAUUCCAGGACAUGGAGGAAAUGCCAGGAUUGCCUGUACCCCGUUGGGAUGCCGAUCCGAUGACGAAUGUCCCACGGACCGGGCGUGUGUGAAUGGUAAAUGCGAUGACGUGUGUACAACAACUGCGAUCUGUGCCCAAGACGAGGUGUGCAAGGUGUACCAGCACCGACCGCAGUGCGCCUGCCCGCCAGGAACCGUGCCCGGAAGGAAUGGCUGCGAGUCGGAACGCCACGUGCCCAUCUGCAUCAGCGAUGCGGAUUGUCCAAGCCAGAAGGCCUGCCUGCGCGGUGAAUGCGUGAAUCCCUGCAAUGCCACCGAACCAUGUGGUGUGAAUGCCUUCUGCAGCGUCCGAGACACUUUACCAGUGAGAACCAUGAUCUGCGAGUGCCUGGAGGGAUACACCGGCAACCCGGCGGUGCAGUGCGACAAGCGCUCCCUGUGCGUCAUCGAGAAGGGCUUCGUGCGGGAUGUGGAUGGACAGUGUGUCUGCCCACCGGGAACCGCCCUGGAUAUCUACGAAUACUGCACGCCGUGCCGCGAGGAGCAGGGCUUCCGCAUCGACGAGAGCGGUCACUGUGUGUGCGCCCUGGAGCGUGGCAUGGUGAUCGACGAACGUGGUCGCUGCACUUGUCCCAUUGAGCUGGGCUACCGCCUGACUCCCCGUGGCGAGUGCCAGCCAGAGGAGCCGCCAGAGUGCACGAGCAACGACCAGUGCGCCGACAACCGCUUCUGCAACCUGGACACCAAGACCUGCGAGGAUCCCUGCCUGACCAAGGUGUGCGGCGUGAAUGCCUUCUGCAAUGCGGUGAACCACCGAGCACAGUGCCAGUGCAUCACUGGCUACACUGGCAACCCGGAGCUGCACUGCAACCACACCAACUUCCGCACCGAUUUCCCACGUCCCGACAUGGUGGUCAGCUGUCUGGCCGAUGGCGUCCAGGUGGAGAUCCACAUCACGGAGCCCGGAUUCAACGGAGUGCUGUACGUGAAGGGUCACAGCAAGGACGAGGAGUGCCGUCGCGUGGUUAACCUGGCCGGUGAGACAGUGCCCCGUACCGAGAUCUUCCGCGUCCACUUCGGCAGCUGUGGCAUGCAGGCAGUGAAGGAUGUGGCCAGCUUUGUACUGGUCAUCCAGAAGCAUCCCAAGCUGGUUACCUACAAGGCCCAGGCGUACAACAUCAAGUGUGUCUACCAGACGGGCGAGAAGAACGUGACCCUAGGAUUCAACGUGUCCAUGCUGACGACAGCCGGAACCAUAGCCAACACCGGACCACCGCCCAUCUGCCAGAUGCGCAUCAUCACCAACGAGGGUGAGGAGAUCAAUUCGGCCGAGAUCGGAGACAAUCUCAAGCUGCAAGUGGAUGUGGAGCCAGCCACCAUUUAUGGAGGCUUCGCCCGCUCCUGUAUUGCCAAGACCAUGGAGGACAACAUACAGAACGAAUAUCUGGUCACGGAUGAGAACGGCUGUGCCACGGAUACCAGCAUCUUCGGAAACUGGGAGUACAAUCCGGACACGAACAGCCUGCUGGCCAGUUUCAAUGCCUUCAAGUUCCCGUCGAGCGACAACAUCCGCUUCCAGUGCAACAUACGCGUCUGCUUCGGACGCUGCCAACCGGUCAACUGUGGUGGCUACAACGCCUUCGGGCGACGUCGCCGCUCCAUUGAGGACAACUCCAACGACACGACCGCCAUUGCCACGAAUUCGGGUGUGGAGGGUCAACUGCGCGAGGAGAUCACCAUCUCGUCGAAUGCCAUUCUGACCUUCGAGAAGCGCAGCGGUCAAGGCCUCAAUGAUGCCAACAUUAAACCGGCGGCCCAGCGAGUCGAGGAUAUUUGCGUGUCCAUGGUGGGACUGAUCAUAGCCCUGGUCAUCACGGCCCUGCUGGCCUUGGUAGCCGUGGCCGUGGCUGUUUCCUGCUGGCUGAUGGCCUACAGGAGGCGACCCAAGACCAUUGCGCCCCUGCCCCAUCCGCCGGAGUUCCCCAACCCGCUGUUCGCCAAUCCCGACGCUGCGCCCGAGCCAACGCCGGACUACAUCUCCUAAACGUAACGUAACGAUACACUGACAUACCAACACACCUAGCUAUACCCUUAGUCCGUAAGAAAAUCGAAUGAUAAUGAAAACUAUGUGAAUAUUUGAAAGGCAAGUGCAAAAGGUUUAUGCGGAAUGCAAAACAGAUCAAAUCGCGAACGAUUAGCAAUCAAUGUUAAGAAGAAGAAAAACAAAAGUACAGUUGUGAGCUGAAAGUGUAGUCGGCUCUGUUGGCCGUAAAACGAAACUAUGAAAAAGAUUGAACUAUUGUAAAAAGCAAAAAUGACGAAGCGAGAAUCGCAUGAGCAGUGCGAUGAAAGUAAUUUAGUAGCUUAAGAAAAUAAUUUUAUUAAUUGUAUUAACGUUUAGUAUUCUCCCUCCUACUAACAUGAGAAUUCCGCGUAGUGUUUGUACGUUCAGCUGCCUCACAUAGAGAGUCCACGAACUGCCAAACAGAUGUGAGGGAACUCACCGCAUAGAGAGUGCAGCUACAACGAAUUCUCGUCCUCUAACGACAACUUCUUCAUUAGUCGGUUACCAAUAUUACUACUGUUAUGUAUGUAUAACUCAAGACUUCCUAUAAACAUUUAGGGUGUGGGUAGUAGCAACGACACUUUGUAUUAUAGCACAGACACACGCACACAACUACUUCCUGUAAUUUAGACACGAACUCUACUCGCCCGUUAAAAUUGAAAACUGCCUUUGAUUUCCAACAAGAACGAACAAUGCACCCCAGAAUACUCUCUAGCAGUCUGUAAGAGAUCGUUGGUCCUCGAUCGAUGGGAUACGAGACCGCGUCUAUCGCCUAUAACCACCGGACAAUAUGCCAACGAUUGUCCCAGUUGGCUUGUAGGAAAGCUCAGGAGUCAAAACACACACACACACACACACACACACCGAAGAAAACCGAGCACUCCGAGCAGCUUAUAAGACGUGGAAAUGGAUCCACUGAGGUCCGGGCACCGACUCAUUGAGGGAACAUAACUAUAACUGCCACUGCGGCGUCAUCAGCGCACAAAAGAUACUUAUCUAAUGCAUAGGAAAUACUAGGUUCGUUUUAAUUUUAAUCGCAACGACGACUAAUGGAGGAUUUGAUUUUGACCACUGUCCCUCGACCACUUACUCGUACUACCCUCCACUAUGAUUAACCAUUAUUUUUAUAGUUUUAUAGUCAAUUAAUAUUAAAUUGUUGUGAUUGUUUUUAAUGCAAAAGAGAUACUUCCACUAACUUACUAAUAUGUAGAGACAAAAGUAUAGCGAGUACUUAAAAAGGCAACGAACCAGCGCCCCUGCCCCGCCCCCCAAUUCCUUCGCCAUGGGGCGCAGCACGCCCCUGUCAACGCGCCGGAAACUAUGCAGCGAAUUUCCGUUUCCGGCGCCCGUUUCACAGAGCAUGUCUGUUCCUGAUGCGACCGCGGGGACUGCGGAAUGGCGGGGUCGCGGGCCUGGAUAAUUAAAUUAUUAAAAAUGAAGUUUUAAAUUAAUAUUAUUAAACGUAAACAAAAUGUAUAGUCACUACUUUAAGAAGAAAGAUAAAUUUCUUUAUAGUAAAAUACCAUGCAAAAUAAACUCGCACUCAGACACGUACACAAAGAGACAGAAUUUGUAAAUAAUACACAGGCAAACUCUAUGGUAUUUUUAGUAGCGCAUUAUUGUGUAUAGGUUUCUACACGUUGACUCUCAAAACCGAACUAAAUCACAGGCUAACCCUAACCCUAACCCCUGCCAGGCAUAAAAUUAUUUUCUUAAAUCCACAGCCAGAGUAGAAUAUUCAAGGAAGUGCACAAAUCUUGCAACAGCCUCGUUCACAAUUACCAAACACUUUUAUUUUUCUUUACAAGAACCACCUACGAAUCUGAUCCUAACUAGAAUUACACACAUUGAACAUAGACGAAACUUUUUGCACUGGCAGCAAAUAUAAAAGAUAUAAUAAUAAGAGCCCAGCUGCUCUUAUUGUAAAAAGCAAACAAUAGUUAAAUUGUACUUAUAAAGAAAUGUAUUUAAAAGCAAAAACGAGAAACGAAAAAAUAAUUGUAAUCGCUUAUUGUAAACUAAUAAAUAAAUAAAUAAAUAUAAAUAAACACAA